GGAGAUCCGAGCCGCGAUCCAGCCAGGCCGGAAGCCGUAGUCCCACAGCUUCCAUAGACUGACGCAGAAGGCUCCUGCACAGCCUCAGAUGGAAAUAUUGUAGGAUUUCACUUUAGCCACAUGCUUGAUUUUAUAUCUUCAUUUUAAAUGGGCGUCGCACUUGGCCUUGCUUCUACCCUCCCUGUGUUUUGUGAUUUUAUUAUUUAUUGUUAUGCAAGGAUUUAACAUACCAGUAAGUAGUAAUUUUAUAUAUUGUAUUUUUUUAUUGAAUAAAACUAUCUGAGGGUCUGUUUUCUCGUAAAAUUAACAGAGGUGGAAUUUAGAGCAAAAUGCUUCAUGUGUCACAGUACAAAGCUUUAAUUUACAAAAAUAAUAAAAAAUGACUGUAUUAAUAAGGCUGUUAGUGUAUUCUAGCUGUAAUAAAUCGUUAGGUUAAUACAUUUCGUCGUGCAAAAAUAAAUGUCCUCAAAUAUAUAAAAAUAUUAUCACAGUAAGCAGUUAUGAUGAGAGAACUGUAUGGUUAAUAGUAUUAAUAUUAAUAUAUCUGGUUGGAAGGAUGGGCUAUGUAAAAUGCUGGCGUUUAGUGCGAUUUUGUUAAAAGAUAAAACUACACGGUUCAUUGUCCCAUUUGUCGAUGUUUUGUUUCUAAUUAUCUUACUUAUUUUUAUCAUCGUGUCAGUCUACUUCAAUAAAAAUGUGCAAUUUAGUGAGAUUUAGAGACGUGUAUUAAAGGCAGCGAAUCAUAUCAAUCUUUAUCGUACAUAGAUUUAGUCGUCGACAACCUUAAAAAAUCCAAAAGCGCUCAAAUAUAAGCAGAGAAUUAGUAUUUAGCGAGCGGGAGACAUGUUGAUACUCGCCCCGGCCGAGGUGCACUCCUCGCCGGUCAGCUCAGUCACGGAGGGCCGCCUAUCCUGCACCCUGUUCGGAGCGACGCUACACGGCGUAAUUUGAUUUAUUAUCCGCGCUUUAGCUUUCAACGAGACCCUGCGUGUGAAAUUGACAGCUGUUUAAUGAAUUGGAUUAUGGGCGUAUUUGAUCGUUUUUUAAAAAAUCAUAGCGUGUUUUAGCAGAGGGGAUCCGCAUAUAUGAAGCUGAAGGGAAACAACGAGGGGUGUUCACGGUGCUGCCUUUAAAUUCCACCGAAUGCGUAAAAGCAGCUUUUACGCAGCAGCAGUUUUGUCAGAGCAGGUAAAUUUAAACAUUUUUUUACUCACGGUUUUUUUGUGCGUGUGUGUGGACGUGGAGUAGUGGGCUGAAUGCAACAGCAUGGCGAGGGGGAAGGUAGGCUAAUGGCUGCCUGCAAACCACUUUCUCAGUGUGGAGACAAAGGCAGUCCUCCUCCUGACGGGCAGCCAUUCACCUUGGAUCUUCCACACUCCACAAAUUGAAGCCUGUGCGAUCAUUUUUUUGGCUUUAGCGAGGUUUUCUCACACAUUUUUUAAACGGGAAGGCUCCAUGCACAUGCAUGCACUCACGGUAUAUGCGAGGCGUCAGCUGAAUUGAUUUUGUCCCAAAGAGCUCCGUGAGGAAGGCUUUUAUUGUUGUUGAUGAAGCACUGAAUCGCAGGCAGGCUGUAACUGGCUACAUGUGGAGAUAAUAGUGCUGGGUGAAAUAGCACAUAAUAAGAUAAUACACCUUUGCAAUUUAACACAUUUACUUUAUAUGUUAUUUUAAUUUUUAUUUAAUGGGCUCUCUGAGAAAUCACUGGAACCCCAAAUUGAGAGAUGAAAUUGUAAAUCCAGAACAGUCUGCAGUGUUUGGAAAAUUCAUCCAUGUAGGGUUUAUUUAUUAAUUAAUUUAUCUGUAUCUAUAAAAAUUAAGCUGCCUUCUGUUUGCCUGUUUUAUGUCUGAUUACUCUCAGGCAUCAGUGGGGCACACAUGUGCUGUCACCUAUAGACAAAAGCAUGUAGUAUCUCUCACCGUGGAAUUAAAUUUUAUCUGUAUUUUAAUUUCUUGUUUAUUCCACGCAAUUCCAUUUUUUUUUUAAAGUUGCAGCCUGUAAAUGUGUUUUUACUACUCCAUAUGAUUACCUGACCUGAAAUAGGUCAAAGCAAAUGAAGACAGUGAGAGUUCAGUUAUUCACAUGCACACACACUCACGCGCGCGCACGUGCAACUACACACACACACACAGAGGAUACACACACACACACAUUACAGUAAAGGAGAAGAGUCCAUGUCUUGCAGGAGCUGAUGCAUCUCUGUUGGGAGCAUUUUAAUAAUAUGCUUUAACAGAAAAUAUCACGUUUAUUUAGUGACUUUUCAAAAUAAAAGCACGUUUCUUUCACCUGAUGGUUCACAAAUUGCUCCAUGCACGAUGCAAUUUUAUUUAUUGAGACACUUUAAUGAUAAACAAGGUUAUUUUAGAUCCAAAAUAACACGUAUGCAGAAUUACUGUUUUUUUUUCUUCACUAUUUCAUUGAAGUGUAAAUGGGACUAUAAUGUGAGAGCUGGAUGGAGAUUAUAGAAGCAGGGGGAAGAAAAAAAAAAACGCCUGUAUCAAUCGUAGACAAUAGGACGUGCAGGAGAAGGCAGGCAGCGUUGUUCACCUUGAGAAAUGAGCUGAGCAGGCUUCCAUCAUUGUAACACACCCUAAAUAGGACAGCACAUUUCCUCUUCCAGGAGAAACACCAAGAUUCCUGCAAUGUUGAAAGAAUUCCUAAAAAAUACAUAAAUUGCAUAUUUAUAUAUUUACCGUGAUUUUAAGGAGAGAGUGACAGCUGGCGAUUACUGAUAUGUAUAGGCUGUAUUUGACUUAAAUGUGUGGUCAAAAUCUGAUAUCAUUAUUAAAAAGAAAUGAAUAUAUAGAGGGUUAAAGUGUGCCAUCUGCUCCCUGUGCUUCUGAGUGUGUGUGUGUGUGUGUGCAAUAUGAAGUGCUCCUCUCCAUACGAUGCAUGCAGGCCUAUAUCCCAAGCAGGCUGAUCAAUAGAGCUGAAUGUGAGCCUGCCUCAGUGGGCUAUUGGACGCCUCGCUGGCCGUUUCUAUACGCGCUGACUUGUUUUGCAUCCUCGGUUUUAGGUAGGAAAAUGAGAUUUCAGCUCAGUGUAGAGGAAAUUUUGACAUGACAGAAAGGAUGUCACAGCAAAAUCCAAUGGAGCUGCACUAAUGAUUUGUUUUUUUUUUGUUGCAUUUCAUAGGACUAGACUGCGCUGUCAGUAAUUUUGCAUCGUGUUAUCCUUAAACCGUGCUCUCAUUUGUCUUUAUAAUGAACGCUGCUUUGAUUUUCUCCUUUGGCAGAAAAGAUGAUCGGGGGCUGCUACGUUUUUGGCUGGGGAAGCCUGCGAUCGACUGAAUGCAACACCUAGAUCUGACGGAGAGGAUUAUUAUAUGGGUUGCAUUUGAUUUUCCUGACCUGCCCUAUCCGGAUUUCGGAUUACUAAACAUUCUUCGGAAUGGAAGGACGGGAUUUCGCUGCUCCGGCGCACCUCCUAUCAGAGCGGGGCGCCCUGGUGCACAGAGCCGCCUCUCGGAUCGCUCCCUCGGGCCACAGCUCUGUGCAGCACGCCGGUCACUUCCCGCCGGGGAAAUAUUACCCCUCGCACAUACCAAUGGCUCCCCACUCAGGUUAGUGAAACAUAAACGAAAGGUUUUGUCACACACUAACACAGAGCUGCUGAUAUGUUGUUCUAAUAGCAGCAACAUACAUUUAUCUCAGUGCUGUCUGUUGUUUCAAACGCUCUUGUCAUGAUGUUGCGCCAUAAAGCCUGCUCAUUUAUCAACGUUGAGUACAUUGCUGUAGCCUGCAUGUGAAGUGAAGCACAAAGCUUAUUAUUAUUAUUUUUUGCAGAAAAGGGGCUUUCUAUUAAAAAGUGGUUGCUCAGCUCAGGUGUGGCUGUUGACAGAGUUUCACAGUUCAAAUAUCAUCUAAUAAAUCAGGUGAUAUUUGAUUUACUCCAGGCCCACAAUCAGAAAUUUUGAUUAAGCUGAAUCAACAUUAAAUAUCUCAAAGGUAAUAAAGGCAUCUUAGUUAAACAAAUAGACAUUUGAGGAGUUAGGUAAAUGCCAUGGUAUUUAAAAAUGGCAUUUAAGAUCUGUUUUAGUUUGCUCAUAGAGACUUCUUGGGCUCUGCAUGGUUUCCCAUUGGCUCUGGAGCGGAAUCUGAAAUGAGAUCUUGUCAGCCUAAGUUAAAUUGAUAAGUGUCACACUGGUGUCAGGCUUAAACAAGGCCCAUACCUAAAUCCUGAGUGAGGAAAGGAUGGAGCAGGAUGAGCAGGUCUGCAUGAGUUGCAGCGUAUGGACAAGGGCAAUAGCAGAAAAUACUCCUCCUAUAUUAGGCUUCAAAGUGUCAGGGUGCAAAUGUGUUCACAGCACAUGCAUCAGGUUUAACAAGUGACUUGGGUAUCUUGUGUACCAAAAUGUACAUUUACAAACAUGGGGGGCACACAUUACCACUCCAGAGGACAGAAUCAACUUUCACAGCUGAAAAAAUCUUCAAAAUAAAACACAGAAUCCUGAAAAUACAAAAUCAUAGCGGCGCUUUUACUGCAGAGGUUUUGUUAAGAUAUUUUUUCGCAUCAUUUUUAUUCAAAGGUGUUUCACUGCAUCAAUAACAGGUAUUUUUUUCCCUCCUAAUUAGCAUUGAGAUAAAGAGUAAUUUUCUAACUCAUAGCAUUGUAACAAACUGGAUCACAACACGCCGUUGUAGCUCCUAUUUUGUCCAACCCUGUUAAACAAAAGAAAUGUAAAUAAGUCACAACAGAGGCGUAUUGAUUGCAUCAAACAGUUACACUUCUGAGGCACUUUCCUUUGAAAAUAUGGUAAUGUUGCUUCUAAAAACAUGUUAUCAUGCGGCAGCGGAGGAAUCUAGGGUCAGUGCGAAGCAGGGAAAAAUUAUCCCUUUAAAGUUAUUUUAUGUAACGUAUAUGAGCUAAAACAAAAAGCUGGAAGCUGGCUCGGUGUAGGUGGUUGUUGCAGGUUGUUAAACACAGUUGCCUGUUUAGGUGAUCUUGCAUUAACUAGGUUUUAUUUAUUAAGUUGUUUGUGUAUUUUUUUUUACCCUUUAUAUCUUAUUAAGCUCUUUUAUUCUGUGCAGUAUUGUGGCACUCUAAUCAAAGAUGUGUUUUAACUCACUUUGUUUAUAAAAAUCCAGAUUUCAUUUGCAAAAUCAUGCUAAACAUGAAGUAUAAUUAGCCAUUCAGGAGAAUUCAUGGGCGCUGUUCACCAUUCAUCUCUCACCAUUCAUGUUUGCUUUUGGCAGUACUCACACACACACACACACACAAACACACACACACUCACAGUGCCUGCGUCCGUAUGUUUUUUUUUGUUUUUUUUUCUCCUCUUAUGGAUGUUUUGUAGAGAGCAUGAAGGCUAAUGCUGGCUACAGGGUACAGGUGCUCCCCCGACCAGAUUCGGUGUUUCUUUUGUAAUGUUGUGCUGCACCAACAAGAAGACCGACCCUCCAAAUGUCAUCGCCGUUCAAUGAGCAGCACAGGUGGUGUAUUGUUCUCCACGGGCUCGUCAGUUACACAUGGGUGUGACUGGAGACAAGUCUGCCUAAUAUCCUCAAGAUUUGGAAAAUGACUUUAAUUCUUUGCGUUUCAGGUAUUUUAUUAAAUUAACACGGGGAACAAUUUCAUGAGUUUGCAUUGUAUCUAAAUCCCCUCCAGGCGGUGUUAAAAUUAUGAUGUUAUUGCACUCUGCAGAUGCGCAAUCUUUGAUUUAUUAUCUUAAUAAUAUUCCAAAAUGUCAAGCAUGUUAUGAUGCAAAUAAGUGGAUGAGAAGGAAAAAUCCAACAAUUAUUCAUGGCAUAUAUUUUUAAGAUGGUAAUUCAUCAAAACAGCACAUACUGCAGGUUUGUUAUCCAUGUGACAAAAGAGAAAAGAGACAAAGCGAGAAAAACUCUCCAAAAAGCCAAAUUUAUUUUUAAUUUCUCACUUUUUUUUUUCUUUUCAUUCAGUAUCCCCACGCGAAAACAGGCCAUUCACACCACAUCCAAUCAGCUAAAUGACUGUGUCUUGUCUGACCAAACUGACCGGUUCCAGUCUGUUGUUCUUCCUGACAGGCCAGGUCAUUAGCGUCCCCUCAAGUGUCCCCGUAUGCUAGCAACAUUAGCACAACUGAGAAUGUUGUUUGCUGAGUGUGUUGGAUCCCUUCAGUUUUCUCUGCACUUUCCCCCUGGGGACUAACUCGCACACUGGUUCACAUGAAUACUUUACAAAGAGCAUGAAUAUUUCAGGGUUGAUGUAAAAAUGCAUUCGGAGGCAGGUUUCUGAUGUGACUCCUUGAAAGGCCUCCUCUGACUUUGCAGAGGUAUUUAUUGGGAGCGCUCUCUUCACCCCCUUCUGCUAAAAGAGAGCGAUGGCGUUUGCAACACCCUGCCUUGGCUUUGUUCCCAGUUGUGUUUUAGAAUUUAACAGAUUUCGGGAGGAAAUUUCCUUGAUUUUUUUUCUCGCGCGUGCUGGCGAGUUUGUUUCAAUAAGGCGAGAACACACUCCUGCUUUCUUGUCCGCUGAACCGCGUUAACAUUGAAGCAGUAGAGAUUCUGUCAGUGUGCAUUUGCCGCUGUCCAUCUUCACCUACUACAAGCAGUCGUUUGUAAUGCAUGUCAGGUGGUCGAUUUAUAGUUUGCACUGUGUUCAGGGAAUGUGACAUUGGAGCAACUUCUUUCUGUGUGCCUGCUGAUACAGUGAGAAGCAGACCUGUUAACUCAUCUAAUGCAGCCUAAUUCAGCCAAUUCAUUUACAAGGUCUUUGAAAUAGUAAUUUUAUCUUCCGCUGGCUCCGGCGCGGAGUUUGGAGACUGUCUCGACUUGGCUGCGAGGCUGGGAUUCAGAUGUUGGAUAGUGUCAAAGGAGGAGACACAGUGGAGCUGUCUUUACUGCUGGCAUUUAUGGCUGGGGGCUCAUCUUUCAGCCAUAUUGUUCUGAUCAGUGUGCUGUGGCUGAGGUGUGGCUGUGUGAAAGCAGCAGGGGGGCUUCAGAGGCUGUCCAUGGCUGAGCUCUGCUCUAAACACCCCAUGUAAUCAAAGGUCAUAUUUGUGUCAUCUGGCUCGCUCGCUCUGCCUCCCCUUCCUUUGCGUCUCCUCUGUCUCCCCCUGCUCGUGAGCCGUCCUCUCUCUCCUCCCCUCCAUUUCUCGGCCUCCUUUUCUUUCCAGCAGGAAGACCCUUGUGUCUGGGAAGCGGUGGUCUUCCUGCCACCUCUGUUUUGGCCACCCUCCCCUGCCCCGGGCCAUUGUUGCAGACCCCAGCUUUGUGUGUGUUUUACGGCUGCUGUUAAAGAUAAAAAACAGUCCCUUCCACCCCCUUUAUUGUUUUCUGGUAGGAUGUCCCUGUCAUUCCCUCGGUUUUUAUGUCCUCACUGGAUAUCCGAGCAGCUCCCCCCUUCAAAGGUUAGCUAUGCUGUCUGCCUUCUCCCAUUUUUUCCCUCCAAAGGGGAAUAAAUAACUUUACUGAGACUUUUAUUGAACGUCUCAUUGCUGGAAUAUCCCAUGGGUCUGUGGUUGUUAGGAAGACUCUUCAAAGACAAACACAGGUGUUUGGAGGAGUUAGCAAAGGGCUGGUUACAACCAGGGUCUUUAAAAGAACAAACCCCAGCGAGUGGGUGAGGGUUGUUUGUGGGAAGGGAGGCUUCUUCUUCUUCUUCUUCUUCUUGGCCUUGUAACUCUUGUGUUGUGAGCACUCACUGUUCGUCCCCAGCUUCCCUUUGGCUUAACCUACCUCCCCAUCCUCGUUGACCCCGGACAAGAGCGGCGGCUGGAGUGUGUUGCGUGCUCAGCGUAAUUAUUUAGCAGAACAGCAACCAGCCACGACUGGAAGUCUGCGCCUGUCUUUCCUUUUUUAAAAUUUGAAUAAGUUAAGAGAUUCGGUGGGAGAAACUCAAGAGCUGGGUGAAAAGGAAACUGAUAUCUUGAAUAACACAUCUUAAAUAUUACAUUAAGAGGCUGUAACUCGGCGCUGUGACAGAACGUGGGUCCUAGGCCAAGUUGUAUUUAGCUCAGGUCCUCUCUCUCUCUAAAACAGAGCAGGAACCUCGGUCUGCCGUCGUGCUCGUUUUGUGGACUGUUGUGAGAUGACACGGUUCAGACCUGAUGUCACUGGAGUUACCCUGAAGAGUGGAGGUGUCGCUUGGCAUCGUACACCUGGCUGAAAUAGCACCUCGCCGAACGCAGCCGCCAUCUGUCACCAACCCCCGACACCCCCCCCCCAGUGGAAACCAAAUCGACUCGCAAGGGCAGUAAACUGUUUAUGAAAGGAUAAGUCCCCUGCAUGUAUUCGAAUACCUUUGACAACUUGAGUAAGACGCACUUGGCGUCUUUCAAGUGGGUUCAGGCAUCAGUAUCAUUAAAACUCUGCCAAGCCUCAGACUAUCCCUGAAGAUUUCCUGUCACUAGUGGAUCAUCGUACAAGGUGUCCAAUAUCCACUCAUCAAAAAAUAAGUAACAGCAUCUGGAUUCCAGUACACCCAGGUAACUUAAGUGACAGCUCUUUUUCGUUGCAUUUCUUUACUCAUCAGCAAAACUGUCCGCAGAAAGUGAAGGCUCAGGCUUGGGUGUGAAAAAAAGAAAAAGAAAACAGGGGUCUGGCUCUGAGAGAGAACUCCAGCUAGUGAGUGUCCACGCUGCCUCGGAGACCGGGCUCUUCAAACAGACCGCCACCCACGCUACAGUACCCUGUGGCAUGAUGCCACAGAGCCCUCGCCUGGAGCACGGGGCGUGUACUCAGGACAAACACAAAGGAGACCCACGGGUGAGAGUGAGGGCCAGGGUAAUACCUUCCUGUAUCAGAUUCCAGCGUAUUGGAUUUCAAAACCUCCUGGACUAUUUUUACUCUCAACACGAGGAAGUGAGAAGUUGCAUUAGGAAUCCAACGAGGCUAUGAAAGUCUUUUGUUCGCUUCUCAUGACAGACGCACACCAAAGCUAAAAGUUAGUCUGAAGUGAUACCGCUGAGAUUGAAAAGACUGAAACAUUCACCCAAAGUCAACUAUUGCUGUUUUGUUUGUGAUUCGAAUCUCCCUCUUUUUUUUUUGCUUUCUCUUUUUCUUUUUGUCUCUCAUCCACCCCCCCUCCUCGUUCUCCCUCCUUCUCCUGGUAUCAGGCUGCUUCUCAUCAGGCAGCCCCAGGCCCACCUAAGCGCACGGCCGUAUUGCAUGUGACAGCUGUUAGACAUUAUUAACGGCUCAAGCAGAAAAUCCAGAUUACUUGUUUUUUAAUUUAAAUUUUAUGAUUGUAAUCGGUCAGUGAAAAGGACAAAAAGAGGGGCAGUUGCUCUAUUGUUAUCCGCAGAUUUGUGGUCACUGACAAUGCUGCGCCGCACAUGGCUGCGUAUAAGCGUGUUGGGUGAUGUUUGGGUGGGCACGCGGGUUUGCACGAAUGUGUGCGUGCGUGUUACAGGGAUUUUUUUUUUUUUUCCAAACGCCCCCCCACUACAGCCCAGGCACCCUGUGGUUGACUAUGAGGCCUAGACAGGUGCAUUGUUAACCCUCUAACGUCUGAGUCUGUCUGUGCUGACUCUGCCGACGGUGCUCCUGGCAACAUGUCAUGCUAGUGGCACAUCAUGCAAAAGAAGUGCCACCUUUUUGUACAGCCUUGGGAUGCUUUGCUCUGCUAAGAUACUUUUAGGAAAGCGCACGUUUUCAUCUCUCAGAUUCAGGCUGCGUGCACGCAGGAUGCCCAUUGGUUUAUUCAGAAUUCUGCGCAGCACAGGCUGAAAUUUGAGGCGCACCACCAAUGCAUGAUUCCUUUUGAAAGGGAAACAAUUAUACCACUCUGUAGCUGUUCCUCUUCCAUGCAUCCUUUCAGUUCCUGUUUUGUUUUAGUAUUAUAUUUUCUGUAUUUUGAAGUUCCCCAUUCCAAAUAGCAGACCAGGAUCUGUAAGUAUAGGGGCAUGUUGCAGUUAGAGAGGCAGGGCUGAGAGCAGAAACACUCAAAUAAUGGGCCAAGACUCAGUGACUCUGAAUGCAGAAGCAGGCAUGUAUGACACUGUGCCAAACAAUAAGGUGCUCAGCUGAAUAUAUGCAAAGAAUUGCCAUUAAAUAUACAUGCAGCAUGCCUCUCAAGGAUGUGUCAGCCUUUUUUUGUGAGAAAACAAAGAUUAGCAUCAGGAAUUCCAUUUUAAUAAGUCUCUUGGGAGCAUCCAAACAGCUGCCUAGUCCUCAAUCCAAAGGGGACUUGUUGCUCUCUCUCUCUCUCUCUCUAGCACAUGCAGUUCCCCCUCUCCCACUUUCAUUCAUGGACCUCCCAUGCUUCCUCUGACAUUGAUUAAAACAAAAUUCCUGCACUCAUCCUCCCCAAAUGGCUUGUUUUAUUCUGCACGUUGUCUAUUUCUGUUCUCAUUUUGAUACCCUUUCUAUCUUACAUCCACCUUUGGGUGUAAUGGUGCAAAGUGACUUUAAUUCAGCAUAGUUUGGGGUUAGAGAAUCAUUGACCGAGCUGUCAGUUGAUAUGGACUGGCGGUCGGGUCAGCUGAUGUACCCCGGGCUGAGCUUGACUUUGUGGCCUGUCUAAAAACGAACACUAUGCUCAAUUAGGAAGAAAAAAAAAAACACAGGAUCCAAUAUUAACACCCGUUGAGAGCCAAAUGCGGAAAGAUUUUCUGUUCCAAGUUUAUUUGCUACAUUUUGGGUAAAUAUUUGUAUCAAAAUAGUGGAAUAAUCUCACCGGAUUUGUGUCUCACUUUGGUGUUGCUGCAGCUUCUUUUUUCUGCUUCUCUGCUGUCUGCACGCCAGAGCCGUGCAGGGACGGGCUACAACACACAAACACAUGCAUUCAAAAACACACAGUUAGCCACAUGCCAAAGUUUACCACACUGAAGUCUUUAUGACAAGGCUGUAAACGAAAGGGCCGUCCAGUCCUGUUGAACCUGCAAGAGCCCCUAUACAUUCCUUUCCUGAGAGAUAGCGCAGCCUUUGCGCAGUUAAGAGGUUCACUCUUUGCCUGUAACGUACAAAACCUGAUCACAUGUAAAAGGAAUUAAAACUUUGCUCAACUAGAGCCAAAAGUGCGAUAUGGAAGAGUUCAGUACAAAUAACAUCUACCCCUACCCCUCUACUGUCCCCCAUGUGUCUUCUCCUGCCCUUCACCUCAUUCUGCUGUUUUUUUGGUCCCUUCUUCCUGUUGUGACCACUAGGCUACACUGCAUCCUCUCUCUCUCUCGUACAGUAUGUGUCCUGAGGAUCUGGGGCAAAUGACUGGCUCCUCAGCAACAGAUGUGUGUUUGUCUGCUGGUGCUGCAUGCAUUAGCUUUCUCUGCUUGCCAUGCACGGCCACUGACCUACCCUCUGGUGAGAGCGGGAGGGGAGGGGGGGAUCGAGAAAGUUUGUGUGUGCGCACGAGAAAGGGACAGACAGACGGAGAGAGAGGGAGAGAAAAAGAGAGAGGAGAGCGACAGCAAGAGUAGAUGCACACUGUCACAUGCUGUCAUACACUUACUGGUGCAUUGCAAGCAUGUGCACACAAAGGCACACUCGCACAUGUGCGCACUGGCGUGCACACCCGCACGUCCUACACACUCACACAUCUCGCUUCCCAGGAGGCCAUGAGGCCAGUGGGACAGAGCGAGCUUGAGAGUCUGGUUCGUCUGUUUACAUCUAAUUAUAGAAACAGGACUAUUUCUGCAACCACUGCUCCGGCUUUUUUAUACUCUUACAAGAGGGGGGGAGGGAGGGAGGGAGGGGAGGGGAGUGAGAGCGAGCAGAAAAACAAAGCUUUGACAGCCUUUUCUCACAAUGGUGAACGGUUAUCUCAUCCCCUCAGCGCUGCUACAGUCUGCAGGCUCUCGGUACAGUACAACAGGAGACAGAAGGGGAGGGGGAAGUGUCGUAUAGUAAGCCCUCUCAUCCUCAUCUAACAUGAAUGUGCAAAUUUACGAGAACUGAGCAAAGGCAAACACGGCCAUGUAUUUCCCCCCAUUAGCCCCGCUAAUACAUUCAGUUGACAUUCGCCCCGAUAAAGAGAGAAUAAUUUUUUCACCCCCCGCCCCGUGGGCUCUCUCUCUGACCCCGCAGAAGAGGCUGUCCAUCACGGCAGUCAAAACAAAAGGAAGGAAAAGUUCAUAGUGAGGAUUAGUCUUGUGUAAAAUGUAUCCAGUAGUAAAGAGGCACGGCCAGUGCAGUAGUUAAUCCUCGGGCUCGGUGGCUGAUAUCCAGCUGAGUGGCUGUUGUUAGCCAGGGGGGCCUGGAGGGGAGAAGCUGUCAGGGAGACGCUGUGCUGCCUGUUGGCUCGCCUGGGGUUGCCAGGUGAGAGCCAGAUCAGGGGCGGGGUCGGGCCUGUGGGUCCGAGCCGGAUAGGUUGCAGCCUCUUGCAGGUGCUUUCAUAAAAAAGCCCCCUAGGCGGAUUGCACAGACCGCUGGAUGCAACCUGAGCCAGGUGCUCCCCAUCCCCCCCGACCAAAUACAUAAACCACUACAUAAUGGAAAUGUGUGCUUGAAUUCACCCCACCGCCACCACCCACGCCACCGCUUUUAUUCUGAGACAUGGCAGGUAAAUUAAUUGGCUGUGAGUAUGUAACUUAUAUGCCGAGAUAAAGGUGCGCUGUCUGGCCAAGGCGUAGCGUAACGGCCGUAAUGAUGGCUCCAUUGUGUUGAUGUUGAGGGGGGUAGUUAGCGGCACAGCCAGCGGGGCCUUUGCUGGAGGGCUGGAUAGUCUCUGAUUAAUAGUGGGGAAUGCUUUGAAGUGACACCCAAGUGCACCGACUCAUAGGCUAAUAGCAAAACCAUCAGUAUAGGGAGUGCUCCCUCUUCCUCAGUCUUCAUUAGCUAACGUUUCCCCCUGCACUACCUCGCCACCCUCUCCUCACACGCCUGCCUCAUCUACAGAGACUCGCCAGGAGCUCCUGUUUUUUUUUUUCCUUUUUCACAAUUGUUUCAUGAUUUUGCCGUCAUUUCUCUCUGUCACAACCUGUAAAAGAAAAGAUUUUUUUUUUCCACCACAGAGGCACGGCUCAGAGCGGAGGCCUUUGCUUCCCAGAGCUCAGCCGCAUAGGUGAACCGUGGCACAGCCUAAGGACUCACGGGAUCGAUGCUGCACAAGUGGGACACGGCUCGGGACUAUUCCCAGGAUCCAUUUUGAUCUCCCAGACUGACAGACGAGCUGCAGCUGCGGGUGUGUCUGCGCGAGUGUCAAUGCGUGUGUGUGUUUAAGGGGAUCGAGGCAGGGAGGCAGGGUUGGGUCUGUCAGCUGUUGGAGCAAAGUAAACUAUUAGCGGUGGGAGAAGGCAGUGUUUCCAGUGAAGAAUUAGACCCACUUCUAAUUGCAGUGAGGUUGGGCUAUGAUUACAUGCUGGCUAAUGCACUGACAGACCUCUCACUUGGCUGGCUCUCAGAACGCUGCUGAAAUGGCUGAAUGCCUUUUGGUUAUACAGCAUAAUGGGAGGGUGUGUGGACGCACGUGUGAGUAUGUGUGUUUGCUACGUGUGGGUGGCUGCUUGUGUGUAUCUUGUGAUUAAUCCUGCUUUUCAGAGCGGGUUUUUUGGCAUGAUUUUUUUUUUCGUGAGUUUUGCCUUUCGCUUCGUUUUCCGUGUGAUGGCUGUUCUCCGCUCGUUUCUUGAGUGCCUGUUGUUGUUUGUAGUGGAAGCAACUUUUCUGUCCAAAUCAAAACUCAGCUGGUGUAACUCUCUCUGAGCAGUAUGUAAGAAGUGUGUUUUUGAGUUUUUUUGUGUGUGUCGAGUGUGUGUGUGUGUGCGUAUGCCCACGGGAAAGAGCAAUCAAAGGAGCUGUGUGGUGGAGAGAUUGUAUAAAAGGAGUGAGAGAGGAAACAGAGUGGCAGGCAGCUGAGAGGGCAGCAUGUGGGGGUGGACGGGGGGCUGAUGCAGGUGCCUAAUUCUACCUCAGCCCUGGGCGUUUUAUAUUCCAUCCAUCGCUUUCUUUUCUGCACUUCGUGGUAUGUUGUAAAUCCACCUGCUUCAAUUAAAGCGCUGAUCAGCCAAUAUAUCUGCGAUAGUUAUCACAAUAAUAACACACACAGAUGGAUUUACGCUGCAUUGCACUGUAAGUCUGUUACAUAAAUAAUCGGCGAAGAAUUUUAAGGAGCUGUGUUCAUUUUUCACCUCAUAAUUUUAAUUACUUUUUUUUUCUUUCUUUUUUUGAAGAACAGCUUGUUCUCAGGUGUGCAGGCGGCCACGUUUUCAAGAAUCUGUGGUUUACAGUUUUGCCAGACAGUGUUGUAAAUCACAUCCCAUUCCUGGCAUAUGGGAUGACAGUUAUGGGAGUGUAUCUGCUGUUUCUCCAUCAGGACCUCAGGCUUGUCUUAUCUCUUGUUUAACUAGAUAGAAGGACGGUGUUGUCAUUGUGGUUUCUCUAAGGGUCAGGAGGUCAAGGAUCUUUCAGCACAGUUACAGGAGACCUUUUCAUAUUGAGAGUCCACAUCUGUGCAGAACCCAAUCCUCAAUCCAGCAACAAUACAACAAUGGUGACCCCAUGUUUACACUAGGGCUGGGCGAUAUGGCCUCAAAUCAAAAUAUAUAUAUAAAUACAAAUAAAUAUAUAUAUUGAACAUUUCACCUCGAUAACAAUAAAUGGACUGAAUCACUAGAAUCAGUUCAUUAAAAAGAUUCAUUCAAAAGAUUCGUUCACUGAAUCAUUCAGCGCGUGGUGGGAGGAGCCUGCGACUCUGACUUUCUGAUCUGAUACACAGCGGAAUGGUUCAGGAUUCAGCUCAGAUCAUAUUCUCCCUCCGUCACUCCUUUCAAGAGUUUGCUACAGCUGGUGAGUCUCGCUCGCUUCUCAUUACUUCCAGCGAAACGUUUUAAGAUUUUUAACUGGGAACUAAAUCUGUUAAAACAACAGGGAACAACGGUCGCCGUGAAAGUGUAUCCCUCAGACGAAAAUGAUUCCAGAGAGUGUAGUUCACUGCGUGAUUAGUUCACCAAGUGAUUCAGGCUCGGUUCAGCAGGUUCACUUAAAAGAUUCGGUUCUUUUGAAUGAAUAAUUCGCGAAUGACACAACACGAGGUCACCCCCUCCCACAUUAACUUCAUCUACUUCAGCCGCCCUUUCAACUUUUGAACUGUCCUCCAUCUUCUCACCUGUCUUUCCCUCUUUGUUAUGGACUGGAUGUGGUGGAAUCACGUCUCUAACGUAGGACAGCGUCUUAAAGGGACAUGACACAUAACCUACCUACAUAGAUCUAAAGCCAAUUUUUAUUUAUUCAUUUAUUUGACAGUGAAUAUAUUGACAUGGGCAAAAUGACAUUGGUGUCGUAAAUUUCGGUACCGGUAAAUUUUAUCGCCCAGCCCUAGUUUAGAUGCACAUAUAUUUCAAGCCCCGUUAUAGCUAGAUUAGGACUUCUUUCCUUGUCCAAGUAUACAAGCACCAGGCAAAAAUUCAUGCAUCUAUAAAAAUAUGUCGCUUUUCAUCCAGUCACUAUCAGACCUAUUGUGUCGAAUACCAAAACAAUCGACAUACAAGCAGAAAAAACGACUGAUGGUUUAAGCUGGACCAACAUGUUAAUAUGAAUUUUAAAAGUCAGAUUUUUGUCGGACAGAUGCGAUAAAUCAACUCUUUUAAUAUCAUGAUAAUUAGGGUGACCAUAUUCUGAAUCUCCUGAAAGGGGACACGACUACGCUGGGGCAGAGUCCCAGAGUCCCAGAGUUGGGUGUAGUUGAUUUUGACAGUUUUUAAGGCAUUUUUUUUACAUGCUUCUAACUCAGUAAGUCCAUGCGACAAAAACUCUAAACUUCCAUUCAAAACCCCAGGAUUUUAUAAACUCCCCCAGACAAGGCCGGACAGCCGGACAGACGUAUGGUCACCCUAUGAUAAUGCAGUGAGUGAUCCCUCCAGUGCUUGUACAGUCAGGGGAUUACUUGAUCCCACCAUAGCUCCUCUGUGUUAUCCAUAUAUUCAUUAAAAGGAAUAAAAUAUUUGCAGACAAUACAUGGUAUGGCUCUGUUCUGGGAGCGCCCUGCCCCUCCACAUACGUUCCCACAUGCCAAAGCCUACAGCUGGGAGAGCAGAAGCAAAGACAUCCCCGGUACAGAGCGGAUACUUCUUUUCAGAUGUCAACCAGAUCUCUGAGAAUAUGUCGAGCUGGAGUUUCACCGUGUGCAUCCCUGCUGAUGACUCCCAGGGUGAGUGACGGGUCAUGGGAGGCCGGUUUCGUCUUAGACUUCAGGGUCAGUGGUAGACCUCCAAGAGACAGCUGCUGAGGAAUCAUAAAUGGAUUUUUGGAUAUGCACAUGUGCAGUUGUGGGUGGGUUAAGCAGGACAUGUGCUGAAUUUAUUUUAGCGAUGAGGACAAUCUGUACUUCCCUGGCUAGACCGGUGACAGACUGGGGAGGAAUGUGGAGAGAAGUGGUCAUCCUUCGUAAUAGCACACUGCUAGGCCAGAGUCAUCUGCAUGCUCGGAAACUGGAUGGAUCAAUACCACUGGUAUGGCGGAGGUGGACUAAACUAUGCAGCUGUGUGGGCAGAAGAAGAUGAUUGGGCUUGCUGGGACAUGUAACAGAGCUGCAUGUGUCUCAUGUAUGGAGACUUUUUUUGGUGUGUGUAUGUAAAUGUGUGUAUCCCCAUCUGACAGAUCUUCUUACAGAAAGUGAGGCUGCUUUGAGGAUCGAUACCGACACACUGUCUGCACCAGUACACACACAAACACACGUACACACACGGCGUACACACCCUUUUACGCUCUUCUGUCUCAUCUGUCAGUUGACAGAGUUUUCUCCAGCUCUGUGGGUUCUCUUUCCAGCCAAGCAGAUGGUGAACACUCAGAAUGAAAGCAGAUCCUAAGUCCUUUUGGAUCUCCAUCAAUCCGACAGUCUCUGGGACCGUCCUGCGAGGGGGCUCAAGUUUCUCAGCUCUGACUGGCUCCUCAACCGGGGAGGGGGGGGGGGGGGGUGUAGUUGCUACCUCCUUGUCCGUCACUUUUUUUAAUCUCACGUUCACAUGCACAAACGCCGCAGCUGAGAAGGAGCUGCUGACAGUUGCUCACACUGCUCGCUCCUUAUGCUCCCCUCGCAACUCAGCUGCUAGCUCCAAACCCAGCAGGGUGCCACAUCCUCUCCCAUUGUUUGGUACAGUACUGAGAGCUCUUUCCCUUUGACUUUCCUCCUUUGCGUACCUGGAGUGGCAGCUGUGCCCUAAAGCCCCUCCCUCCCCGAACCCCACCACCCCGCGUGAUUUUAUGUGACAGAACGAGCGGGAUUUAUUUCAGCACGCGUGUUUGGAUCUUUUAACAGGGCUGGUUUGAAGGCGUGUCUCUUUGAAGCCUUCACCACUCUUAACUGUAAGUGAUUUUACGAGACGUGUUUCUGUGCCAGUCAGCCAGACCACCGCGCCACAACCAGAUCGGCGGAGAGAGAGAGAGAAGGACAGGGAUGCCAUUCCAGCAGAAACCAUCUGGGAGAAAGUGUGUGUUCUUGCGUAUGCGAUUCUGCACAUAUGUUUGUGUAGGUGUGUGUUUGCACGCAUGUAAAGGGAGAGAGUUGGUUAGCGCUGGCUGUGAGAGGAGGGGGAAAAAAAAAAAAAAGUUUGGCUCCUUGAGGGAGGCCUCUACUGCCCCUGCCUGCGUCUCCUGAUUUAUGAGCUUGUGAAGGAAAUCUCUCAUUUGUCACAUUUCAUCUCUUUUCUCCACAUCAUCCUUUUUUCCCUCUCACUCUCACUCUCUCUCAUGGAAUUCAGCUUUUCCUUAAAUCUUCCACUAUUUCCAGAGAAUAGAGAGGAAGAGAGGAUUCGAGAAGAGGGGAAAAAAACAAAAAAAGGAGCUCUUUUCUGUCUGUAGUUAGUUAUAACCAUAGCAAACAAAAGCCUUGUCUAAGUGGAUAUGUUUUAGUAAAUAUUCAUAGGUGUUGACAUGCUUGUGUAAUGUAUUUUGUUUGUGGUAAGGAUGCGUGUCAUUAGGCAGUGUGUAUACUUUCUGCCUGUGAAUAAUUCAAAGCACUUGUUAUGGUGCUGUUUCUGCUGCACAGUGGUUUGAACAUUAUUGUUAGGGGAAAAUAAAACAUCAGUUCUGAAUAUUCUCCGCGCGAUGUGUGCGUUUGUGUGUGUGUGUGUGUGCGUCUUUUACAGCUCCGUUUUCACCGAGCUGUUCGGUUCAGUCCAGCUCGGCACACGAUUAUUUCCGUUUCUAUUGUCAAAAAUUUAAAGAAGGCACCAAAAUACCCAAUCUGAGCUGUCCUACUUUUUUGGAAUCCUGUGUACCUAUCCGACCUUAAAGGGUGGAGUUAGAAGAAAAAGAAGAAAUAUGCCUUUAAUUUGAUGUUAUUUAAAGCUACCAUGAGAGGAUUUUGGUCUGUGUUGAUUUUGUCUCCCCCUGUAAAGGAAGCUUUACCUCUUAUCUCUUGUCCUCGUAAAGUAAAAGUUGUAUUUCAGACAAAGAAUUAAAAUGACAAUGGAGAAAAUGAUCCGACUUCUUGCUUUGAAGGUCAAAAAGAGGCAUCCGUAUCAGUUACAAUAUUUUCCUUAACUAGUUAAAGCUCCUAUAGGGAAUUUCCCGCUGGAUCUAAAACAGUCAAGAAUCAUAACAAACAAGACUAGGGUGACUAUAAGUCCUCUUUAACCCGGAAAUGUCCUCUUUUUGGGGGGCUGGAAGUUUUGAGUUUGAGUUGCGUGGACCUACUAAGUUAGAAGCACGGAAAAAAAACCUGACGCGGCCCGAAAAACUCUCAAAAUUAACUAUGUGUGACUCUGUGACUCCGCUCCCAUGUAGUCAUGUCCUAUUUUUGGGGAUUCAGGAUAUGGUCACCCUAAAAAAGACUAUUUCUGAUGUCUAAAAACAGUGGUCAGGGGUAGCGCCGGGCUAACUGUCUAACUGUGUGUGGCUUUGUGACUUUUUAACCUUUUCAAGUAAAGAUUCCUGUGUCAGAAGACAGCAGAAUGACUUUUUAAUACAUUUAAGACGAACACGAUCAAUGACAACUGUUUACUUCAAUCACUCAAUAACGGCCCUUCAAAAUAAAAGCACUGUGUCAAAGCAAGGGCAGUCUCGAAAACAGACACAGGCUUUGUUUUGAGAAGCAUUUCAGAUGGCCUUUCAUGCUAUAUUUUUCAUGCUUGUGACAUAAAUAUAGUUUACACAGCCAAUACAGCCUUAACCUCAACAUUUUUCUGUCUAUUUUGGCACUGAAUCUGCAUGUGGCCUUCAAAAAAAGCCCUCUGUACAGGGUCUGGAUUAACUGCGCUGAAACAAACAAGGCGAAUUGAUAGAAAUGCAUCAUAUGAGAGUGUGUAGAGCAUUUGUGGCCUCAGGGAUAUUUGUGCGCACACAAGUUUGCUGCUAAUGUCUGCUAGCCAGUGCAUCACCACACCGGGGUCACAGUCAGGUCAUCUGCAGACUGGAGCCUUAGCAUGUAUGAGUGUGUGUACGUGUGAAAACGUCAAUGUGCGCUCAUCAAGGGUUUAUGUGCCUGUGCGUGCACCAUACUCACUCAGGUGCUACCUAUAAAUCCACCUCACCCUUUCCUGGCCCGCUGAGGACACAGCGGGAGUGGUGAGGAGCGGCGGUAGUGGUGGUGGAGGUGUUGUGGGGGGCUUCACUCUUUUUCUAAGCGGGGGAGGAGAGAGGAAAGGGAGGGAGAGGGUAAAGGGUUAGAGGGGAAGGGAGAUAAAUGAGGGAGGGGGCUUAAUGAGAGCCCUGGCUCACAUGAUUAUGGGACUAGCUGAUAGAAAUCAGGAUCUUUCUCAAAGAAGUCAAUUAACCCCCUCCCCCUUCCCUAAUUAUGCAUGGAUUGCUCCACUGGCUCUUUACUGAUAGGGUUGCACAGUUCAGCUCAAUGUGCGGAGUCAUGCUGCCUGAGUCUACACGGGUUUCUGUGUACUGUGAGAAGCAUUUGUCAAUUUUUCUCCUCCAGAAUCUGUUUUCUGCUUGCUUUAAACUGUGUCUUUAAAGCCAUUAGUUACCCGCUGCACCCCCUCCCCCAUCUUUCUUCUCGCAUGACAGGCUGUGAGCCAGUACCAGGCAGAUCCGGGAGGGGGCUCCACCCCAGGAGGCCUCUGGUCAUUAGUGCAUUAGAGGCUCGCUGAUGGCUGAACUCUGUGGUCAGAGUAAAUAAGCAAUGUAGUAGAAUGUCAACAUGACCAGGCGGCUCCUUCACAGCACCCAGUGUUGACAUAACUGCUCUCUUAUCUGAGAAGUGCAAAGCCCAGCCCCACAAUAGAACACUGUGCCAGAACAAAUACAGUAUGGAGAUAGAAACCACACACACACACGCACACACACACACUAUGUGAGGGAAUGUGUCGCAUGGCUCUACAAGUCAAAGCUGCUACUGUCGCCGUCAAUAUGGCACAAAACAAUGCAUGACUGCAGCUUUUGCUCCUAGUGUGGGCUGCUCCUGCUUUCGGACAGCUUGAUGUUCAUGUGAGCUCUUGAAAAUAAUUCAGCGUUAAGGAUCGUAGGAAUUUCAGAGGCUGUUUACAUGGAAACGUAUCCAAUAGUAAAUGUGAAACCAAAGUUGUCUUUUGGGCUGUUGCAUACUUCAGCAUUUUUUGCAGAACUGCAUGCACACAGAAUAUUUUCCUUACACUCUAAUAUGAAUGCAGAUUUAUUUCUCUAGCUGUUGCAUUUUCGUCCUUACAAAGCCAAAGACUUUGUACUCCACGGGGUUAAAGACUUCAUACGAGCUUGACCGUCAGGAGAUGAGCUGUGCCAUCAGACUUAAGUGAAUUUGGCUUUUAACUAAUGUUUUAUUCUUAUCUUUAUUUUUAUCUUAGAUUAUUUUAUUAUUAAUCAUAUAUUUUAGUCAUUUACAUGUUAUGUUUAUUUUAUUUAUUUACAUAGUUUUAAAUUAUAUUUUAGCUAUUUAUUAGUAUUUUUUAAUUUUAGUUUGUUUUAUGAUCUUAACCAAUGUAUUUUAUGUUUUGAAAAUAAAUCUUGAGAAUAAUUAGCGUUAGGGAUCGAAGGCUGUUUACAUGGAAAGUAACCAAUAGUUACGGCAGAGCCAGACCAAGAAAAUAAAAACAGAGAGGCUCAGUAUCACGUAAUUACGUGAAAGUUUAUUGUUAUAACAAUAUAUUUUCAUGUUAUAACGUGAAAUUAUCAUGUUAUUUCAUUAUAUGUUUUUUUUUCACGUUAUAACAUGAAAGUAUCAUGUUAUUUCGUUAAACGACUUUUUCACGUUAUAACAUGAAAACUUCAUAUCAUGAAAUAACGUGAUAUUUUUACGUUAUAACGUGAAACGAUAUUGUUCUAACAAUAAACUUUUCAUGUAAUUACGUGAUAAUGAGCCCCCAUUUUUUUUCUCUCGAUGUGGCAGCACCACGCUUCCGUAUGUGAAACCAAAGUUGUCUUUUAGGCUGUUGCAUACUUCAGCAUUUUCUGUCAUUUUUUGCAGAACUGCAUGCACUGAAUAUUUUCCUUACACUCUAAUUUGAAUGCAGAUUUAUUUCUUUAGCUGAUGCGUUUUCGUCCUUACAAAGACUCUGUACUCCACGUGGUUAAAGACUUCAUACUAGUCAGAGGAUGAGCUCUGCCAUCAGGCUUAAGUGAAUGAGCAGUUUGUGGAAGAUGCAGCUGUAACUAUCACUCUGAAAGUGUGUGUGUCAAAGAGGAGGGAAAGGAAAAAGGGGAGAGAGGUCACAGAAGGAAAUAAAGAUGGCGGCUGUUUGCUUUUCAGCCCUUCUUGUUUAAGUACCUGUGUCACAUUUGCUUUUUUUCUGUGUCAAAACAUUUCAGUAAGCCCUCUUCCCCUCACUGCCUCGCAUCACCCUAAUAACUCUUCUUUAUUCUCCUUCCCUGUCUCUCCCUGCCUCUCCCCCCCUCCUCUCCAUUAUGGCCUCUGCCAGGUCUAGACUGAGCUUGGCUCGCACUGACGUUGUGAUAACCCGCUGAAAGCUGUUGCCCUCUCUGCGCUACCUCUCGUGCUCUCUUCUUUUUAGCUCCAUGACUUGCUGUCUUCCUUCCCCAAAUAUCUGUCUGGUCAGGGCCAGUCUGGAGGCUUUCUGGCCCUACACGUAGAUGCUGACAUGUUUUAUGGCCGGCAGAGCUAAGCGUAUAUUAAAGAAAAUAAGAAAAGCCAACAUGUGCACUCACAGGCGCACUGUUCAAAGCUGCUUUAAUGGUUACUCUGGGAUGUAGAGCUUUUAUUUGAGGCCCACAACACUGCCAGUAGUUCUAUUGAGCAUGGCCGGUUGGAAAAUAUACGAUUUUAAUUUCCAGUCCACUAACAUGUGUAUGUGAGUGCAGUUUGGUGAGCAUUCUCAGCGAGCGUGUAUCGGGGUGAGAUCCUGGAUGUGUAAUGGCGGACAAAAUGAACAGCUGCAACGCAUCUGUUGACUCCGAUCAGAUGCUGGAGGCCUCUGGUAACCCCAGAAGGUGUCCCUCCUUCUGUGCUGUGCAUCAACCUGCAGACAAACAGAGUGAGAGGGACUAAUGGUGUGUUUCAUUUGAUCUCAGAAGUCGGAAAUUCUGGGAUGCACCUCAGAUACGUCAUCGGCCCCCUGAAACUUGGAGGGACUUCAGUAACCUUAGGCCGGAGCUUCAAGAUAGAUGCACCUCGAAGGGAAACUUCAGUAUUUUCAACCUGGGUCUUAUUUUCCCAUGUGUUUGCCUGUGCUUGACUGACGGGGAGAAUGAUUUCUGAAAUUGGUCCAGAAUUGAGGGAGCAGCCAGCCGCUGCAAAACAAGCUAAAAUGCAUCGUCAAGCUGCGUCCACGACAUUACAGCUUGAUUUCUUGUGAUUUUUUCUCGUAACAAAGACUUUUUUUAAUGGAAAAAUAUUUUUAACAUGGCUCUAAUACUGUAACUUAAUUAGCAAAUUAACCUUGUUUCAUCGAAGUCCUAUCUGUGGAUAUGAAGCAAAGACUGUAUGUACUAUGGACAACUAGGUUCCGCCCUCUGUCAAUGAAUUUGAAGACGAAUUGCGCUAGAAAUUUCUGGGAUUUUCUCCACUUAGCGGAGGAGCGUUGUACGCAUUCGACGGGAGAGUCGCUGAGAGUCGCUGUGAUGACGCUCGGCUCAAACAGCGUCAUUCGUAGAAAACAUGAACCUCCUAAUAACUUAAAAAUGGAGCUGAACAGAAAAAAAGAGGACUGGAGCACAACAAACCAGUCUUACAAUAACAUGUCAACAUCGCGACCAAGGGGGAAAAAAAUUUAUAUUUUUAGUAAUUAAUUUCUAAUGUUUUAUGACCUAUACUGCAGCCCGUCACUAGAGGGUGCUGUUCUUCGCGGUGGCUUCACCCAGCUAGGAGGCAGAUGGCGUCCAUUCUGCAUACAGUAGUCUAUGAUACGAAGUCGUGCAAACUACCAUGUCCUGUGUGUCAUUGUCUCGCAUUAACUCUCGGCGUGUGAGGAUGUGACGUCAUUUCCAGCUUCCAAAGAGCAAGCAGAGCGCGCCAUAAAACCCGACCGUCCUUCCUGUCCACCUGCGAUCACCGCAGAUGUGAUAUAUAACACCAACGUUAGCCGUGGAGCCAACCAACCAGACAGACAAGCCAUGAGCAGUUGAUCAAGAUGAGGUCCCUCCUCUCCGUCUCCCCGCUUUCACCUUGGGUUGUACCUUUUUUCCGCUCCUUGCUGUUAAGGCUUACAUCAAGCUAACCAGCUGGAGAGGAAAAAAAAGAGGCUUUUUUAUGGCGGCCCUGCUCUGUGUUGGAGAGAGGAUGACCUUCUCUCCUCUGUACAGAUUGCAGGAAAUGCUCCUAAUUUUACUCAUCUCUGCUCAAGUGUGUUGCUGCAGAUGUUGAGCAGGCCCCGGCAGCGGCAUUCCACGGAUGACCAGUGUCAGCGAUCGGGAGACAUAACUCAACUUUAAAGCCUUGUUUGUCAGAUGUAUUUCAUCGAAGUAUUUGCUGUGAGAUUUGGCUGACCUUGUAGACAUUUGAAAACGCAGCCGGCUACAAAAGGGGAGGAAGUGUUUAUCUGUAUGCGCCAAGUUGAAUAUUGUCCUCAUGGCUAGAAAGCUUUGCAACAACAGAAGUCAAGGAGCUGCACGCGUCUUAUACAGUGUGUUCUUUUCAAGGUAAUGCGGUGUAUCACUUGGCCUUGGCCACAGGUGCCUUCCUUCUUCUUGUCUGUAGGUUAUCAGAACAAAAAUGCUUACAUUUGUCUUGCACAACGCUACAAGAAUUAAACAUUUCUCCUUUGUUCCCCUUGUGAACCGGCGGCAAAUUAUAUUCAGGGCUGCAGAGAGACCUUGGGCUGGCUGGCGCGGCGGCUCUCGGCUCCGUUAUCUGCGCUGCUCUGUCUCUGAGCCUCUGACAGGCUACAUCAGACGGAGAGAAGCCAGAGCAGGGAGCUGCCUUCUGUUUCUCUCACACACAUCACUCCCAGACUUUAUCAUAUUACAGGCCAAUCCAAGAGAGCUCAGAGAACAGCAGCAGAGCUGUCUCUUCAUCCAGCACUGCCCUCCGACCUAGAGGAGGCGCCGGCCACAGCUGGAGGAGGGAGGGCAAGGGUAAGGGAGGAUGUAAAGGACAGGACAUGCUAAGGAGUCCGAGUGAAAAGUUAACAUUGGGAUGUUAAUUUAUGGGUGAUUUUGUCAAAGGGAGGGGUGAACCUGCGACUCCCCCAUAAAACAAGACGUUCAUUACCCCGCCAGACCUCAAGAAAACUGAUGGGCCAACAAGAGCAGAGAAGAAGAGUGUAAGUGGGACGAGAGGGUGGGAGUGAAAGCGGUUUUUAAAAACCCGAAAAAUGAAGAGAAAGCGUUUCCAUUUUGAGGCACGCAGAUGAGCGCGACUGAGGGAAGAGAGCGCGGCGAUGAGGGAGGACAGAAAUAUGGAGCUGAGCAGCAGGGGGAAGGAGGCAGAGUGAUGGAGGAAUGAUGGAGAGGGUGUGAGGACGGAAAGGGAAAACUGAGGAGGGGAAUGAGUGAUGGGGCUCGAAGGAGCAAAGGGAGAACAGGGGAUGAAAGUGAAAAAGGGAAGACAGCAGGCAAAAUCCGCUCCAUGAAUCGAGCUGCUUGCAGAUUUAUGUGGUGUUUUGGGUAUCAUUAUACAUCAACCAGAGGAGAUGGAGAGACUGGAGCUAUGUGAUGCCUAUGGGGUUGUGUGUGUGUUUAUCUGUGUACCACACUUUCAUUCUCCCUCCUCACGCUGCUCAUGUCUCCUCCAAAGCAAACUGACUGCUGAAUUCGACAGAACACACUUGCCUGUGGUGAGGUAACAUCCGCCCACAUCCACACUCCACUUUCCGAAAGCUUAUCUAUCUAGCAGUGCUGGUUGAGAAGAGAAGAGAGGUUUAGACCACCCAGGACCGGGUAGUCAAAGAGGUGCUUUGAUGUGGCGCAAGCAUAUGUGCAGUGCAUGGGUACCAUCUCUGCUAAAACACACUCGCAAAAUAGAGUUUUACAGCCUCCUGUGCGGCAUCAUUACUUCUCGUCACUGAAGCGCUGGGAUGUUCAAAAAGAGAGCGAGAGAGAGAGAGAGAGGCAACCACCUCCUGUGCCAGGCAGUGCCAUGCUGAAGCACUGGAGCCGUAUGGUCACCCUGAGGGAGGGGAAACCUGCCCAGUCUAACCACAUCUCAAUUAACCAAUUAAGUUCAAAAGUUAACAGGGGACUAAUUAGAGAGAAUAGUGCUGAGCGCUUGUUUUAAUCUGCCUUUUUCCCUCUACCAGGCACGUUUGAGUCCACGACCUGACUGGCUGAGCUCAGGCUGCAUCAACUGAAACAUGGCACGCAAGCCGCCCUUAGUCACCAAUCUAUCCUUCGGCUAAAAAAACAAAAAAAAAAACCCUGAAACAUAAAAACAGCGGAUUUAGACGGAUCAGUCAUCAGCAGUAAAGCAAACCAGAUCCAGACUAUUCUGUCUGCUGAGUCCAGUGGAAAAGAGGAGCCAUGAAAUUCUGUAUCUGAGAGAGAAUCAGCGAGUCUGCAUGAUGUUCAAAAGAAAAUGAUUUAGUCAGUGGGUUUACUCGCCAGUUGAGUCAAGCUUUGGUUAAAGCUCGAUUGGGUGAUUUAACUUGAGAACUGUUCUUGUCCAAGUUUUUGAGAGGAGGCUGAGAAUCAAAUUAUUAACAGAAGCAUGCGGCCCACUUGGUACCACCGGGUCAUCUCCUGGACUUUGUUGACCUCUUAUAUACCAAAACAAUCGAUGGAACAUGUUGGCAAGUGGCUAACGGUGGUACUAUAUGACAGUUUCGCCUUUUUUUUAAAAACUUCCUGUCUUAUUGUGUCAAGGUUUUGUUCACUACUUGGCCUCCUAGCAACAGAUUUAUGCUUGUCAACUUCUGGGCACAAACAUGGCGUCCAAACUCUUACGCAUGUGCAGAACGCUUAGGCCAGUUUCAGUCCUACAGAAGAGUAAACAUGAGAGAGAAAAUUGACCAGCUAUGAUAGUCCAGCUAUGAGGAGUUAGACUUGGCAGUUCAACUACAACUUGUCCAACCGAAGUAGUCGAGGAUGGAUUUCCUCUUGCAUGUUUACACUUCAACUGGACCCAAACUGACCUCGGCAUCCCGCAUUUACUCCAUAUAUUGCAUGCUUAGCUUUACCUCGAAGCCAAAUGGCAUCAAAGAGUUGAAAGAAGCAGAUCAGUGACUACAACUCGUCCAGGAAAAGAAGAAGAGGAGACUUAAGCAAGACCAUGCUACCAGACAAGGUACAAGGCUGUUUGACAUGUAGCCAAUUAGCGUAAGGUGACCAGACGUCCCAGAUUUCCGGGGAUGGAUGAACUGUCCCUGACUAAAGCUGUCCGUGAAAAUGUCCCAGAUUUAAGCAUUAUAUGAAUGAGAAAAAAAUGUUGCGUGUAGACUAGAACGAUGGUUAUUAUGGUAGCCGAGUAGGUAGGAAGCACGAGGAAGCAUGUUGCGCACAGUCCUAAACAACAGUUUUUACGAGGGGUUAUUCCUGCUACUAAGUACUAGUACCGAGUUGUUGUCUAUGAUCACGCAGCCGAUGCCCCCCACCCUCCCUGGUCGAGAAACAGAGGGCCUAAAAUCACAUUUUGCUUAGCACCCCCCACCCCCUGAAUGGAUGUCAUUACAGAAAUGUGGUCCCCUUAAAUUAGCGUCUUGCUUGUUUGUCGAUUGUUUUGGUAUAUUGCGUAAUAGGUUGACUGGAAUGAGCACACUGCCACCAGCCAUAGCGGUGCUUGGUGCUUGUAUACUUGGACAAGUACAGUACUCUGAUUAAAUUGCCUGAUCAAGCCAUAACCAUAGCUCAACUUAACUGUGCAUGUAAAUGUCCUGAUUGAGUGACCUGGGCGAGAGAGUUCAAAAGUGUAGGACGGUUUGUAGCUUCAUCUAACAUGGUUAUUUCCUGCUCACCCACUCGUAUUUUUCGGUCCUGCAGAUGGGUUUUAAUGGAUGCCAAAUGGGAGGUUUAGUGCCUUGCUAUUGGCCUGUUGGAGUGUCUUUUUAACACCAUCAUAUUAAAUGACUUGUGUUUAGGACUCGAGGCUACGGCGUGCUCCACUCGUUUACAAUAUGCCUCGGGCGGAGAGUGUUUGUGACUUACCACUAAAAGAACAAAUUUUAUCCCUGUGUUCAAGAGGAGGAGGAGGAGGAAGGGGGGGGCUUCUAUAUUGGCUGCUACCGCCAAUAAAAGAUAUGUGGGCUCUAUGACACAGUUGUAGUGGGGCUGCUUCGAGCCCUGGAGCCAAAUGCGGUGUGUUUGGAAUCAGGCUGACAGCUAGAUAGAGAGAGAGAGGUGAGAAAUCCCUCUUUGACUCUGCUCGUUUUUAAGCGGGGAAAUCUUCUUGCUCUGAUUUUUUUGCUCUUAGUUGAAGGCUGUGACAAUUUAAGUUCCUGCAUGGUUGAUUAACUGUGUGUGUGUGUGUGUGUGUGUGUGUGUGAAUGGAUAAGGGGAGUGAGAGAAGUCAGGAUGCAGUUUGAGGGGUGAAGGACUCCCCUGUUGUUUGAGAGGCCCUUAGAGGAUUCCUCCCCCUUUCCUCUCUUCCUCCUCCUCCUGUCUUCUUCUUUACCCCCUCCUUUACAGUCAUCUCUUCCUCUGUGAGAUCCACAAUGCUGGGAAGAAAUGUGUCAUUAACAGGGGAGACCAAAAUAAUGUUUAUGGGCUCAAGCAGCACUGAAAUCAUUUUCCAUAUCAGUGCAACUGCAUGGGCCCUGUGGGGGAGUAAAUCUGAUUUUCUCCUCCCUGUGCCAAUGGGAAACAUCAUGGGAAAGAAAACAGAUUGGAUUGUUAGAGAGAUGGCCUGACGCAGCUGUGGGCGGCUCGUUUUGUGUUUGGGUGUGUUUCUGUGUGUGUAUGCACAAAUCCGAGUAUCAUGAGAGAGAGAGAGAGAGGAAGACGGAGAGGGGAAGAGGAAGAGAGAAAUGAGAGAUAAAAUUGCGAAUGUUUAGCGUGCAUGUGCGGAGGGGAGAAUGAGAUGGAUGAGCCCCACUUUGGUAAUCACAAUUUUAUGCUUUAGGAAUAAAAAAGACAGAAUGCUUGAAAAAAAAAAAAAAAGAAAAAGAAAAGAGUGUUUCGCUCUCAUGUAACAAUGGGUCAGCUAACAAGCACACUCACCAAAGUUGGGACAGAUAAUAAAUGGUUCUCCUUGAGGAGUGUGUAGCUGCCCCGUAUACAAAGAACAAAGUGCUUCUGCUCUGCAAGCACUCAGCAAAAUGUCAAGCCUUUAUUGGCCAUUCCAUAAGAAACACUUGCAUUUUAUCUGAACCGGGAGACAAAAAGGCAAUCACUUUAGCAGCUAGCAUGAAGGGGAGGUUUAAUAACGUAAAAUGCUGAUGGAAAUAACAAGGUGGUGCUUGGAGGGAAAACACUCGGUAAUGAGAGUCAAGUCCAAGGGAAACUACGUCGGUACCUGCUUCUUACAUCAUGAAUAUUUAAGAGCGGAGUUAAGCGAUCUGGUGUUGUGACACUGCUUUUCUUGUGUAUGCUAUUAAAUCCAUGUUGUGGGAGUUGGGAAUGUGAGUGUACAUGUGUGGGUGGGUGUAAAAAGGAAGGUAAUGGGCCUUGAGCUCAUUUGUCCUGGCCCGGUGCUGCUGCUGUUUCGCAUCUGUCCUCCCACCUCCUGUGUCCUGGUCUGGAAUGUCUCCUUGUUCUCCACAGAUGAGGCCAGUGACUCAGCACUCCAUUUCACUUUCACACGGAUCACAGAAAUAUCACCCAAACACAGGUCCGAGUUGCACGCCCAGACCUGCCAGACAAUAGCUUUACUUCAGCCUUUGCGCCACACCAUUAACUCCUCAGCUGCUCUAUGUCCUGUUCCCUCUCUAGUCUAAAUACAAGCCACAUGCCCCUGCGUUGUGCUCUAUCCUUAACAUCUUCCCCUGCUUCCUCAUCCUCCUGUGGCCUUCACCCACACUGCCAAACCCUUUGGCCCGCUCUUACUUUGACAAUCAGAGGUCUUAUUGUCUCCUAAAUGACACUCUUCCUGUCUUGCUCUUUAGCAAAUAGCCGCACUGGUGCUUGGUGUCCAGCUCUUAUUUACAGUGCCCAUAAAACCUCUCUUCAGCAGGAACCGUUCCAGACAUUGCUAUCUCUCCCCCGUCUGCCAACCCCCCCACCUCCGCCCUCCGUCUCCACCACUGUUGGCACAGGAGUGAUGGGAUUUGAGGUGGACCUGGUUUUGAAAAUAAUGGCUUUAAUAAUAAAAGGAGGCCUUUUGAAUGAUUAAUGUAGUAAAGCAGAAUACCCCUUGAGGAGGUGAGCCAGGUGGCGGCACACAUUUGAUACCUGCCUUUUUGUGAGUCCUGUACAAAAGUGAAGGAGAAUAGAUAGACAGAGACGUAUCUUUGGCGGGCUGUUUGCAUGUUCCCUCACGUCACCUCUGGAGAGAGUUUACUCUAUCUAUUUGCUCUGUAUAAGGAUGUGUGGAUCCAUUGUUGAUUUUAGGCUCCUUUCCAAGCCAGUUGGACUAAUUUGGUUAAGAUCUGAUUCUCUUACCACUAUUAUCUAAUUAUGUACGCUAUAUAUACAAGGACUGUGCAUGUUUUGUUGACUAAACGAUUAAGCACAGUCACCCUCCCGUGUCAGCACUGGAAUUACUGGUGGGUUAAAUAAACUAGUGAUAUUUUUUAUUAUGACUGCAGGCCUUAAAUGCUGGUCUUAUAUCAUGUCCGCCACCCAGCACUCACCAAGACUGAAGCUCUGAGAAUGGCUGUACUGCCAUGAUGCUCUACUACCUGUAUGUACACAGGCAUGGAGAUGACAAAUGGGAUUAAUGUUAACUUAUUAACUUUUCUUUUGUGUACCAAAAAUGUACCUGAAGCCAUUUAAUAAUGAAGAGAAAUUAGGAAGCUAAAGAGCCUUUUCAAACUUAAUUUAAUUUAUUUAUUUAGGGUUAGGGGUUAGGGUAUUCUCUACUACCUGUAUAUAAACAGUUACAGAUGACAAACAUGGCAUGGUGCACUUUUGGUUUGUGUAAUUGAAGCUGGUUUCUUUUUCAAAGGAUUUAAUACUGAAGAGAAAUUUGGAAACUACUGAGCCUUUUCAAAUUUAGUUUUAUUUAUUUAUUCAUUUUUUUCAUAAAAAAAUAAGGGGGGGGGUUUGAAUAUUUUUUUUUGGUCAAUUUCUUUGUAUUUUAACAUAAAUAAAACAAGGAUGAAAGACAGUCAUGUGACACAGAGAAGUUAGCAAAUAUUUCAAAUUAAAAGCCUGAGGAUCAGAGAAUGGGUAAAUAGAUGAAUAGAUGUUGUGGGAUUUGUAGGCUGCCCUAUUGCAUAGCUCCAACUAUACAGAUUACAUGUUUAACUAAUCAUGAUUAAUGUCAUAGAUUUCAUUGUUGUCCACCUGAAAUUUCCACCCAAAUACACCAUGUAUGUAUCGAUCUCUUAAUCCAGCUCCAUUUUCCUCCUGGGGCUUUUAUUUUGAAAUUUCGUCAACGUCUGUUUUUCCCUUCCAUCUCAUCAGAGCAUCCCUUUUGCUUAUUUGAUUUAUAAAACAUCUAUAUUAAGGAAGAAAAGACAAAUAAGAAAUUCAAUCUUUCAGUUUUUUUUAUAAAAUAUUUAAAAAAAGAAAUUAGAGGUUGAAUUUUCCCCUUAUUCCCCUUACAAACCGUUGGAAAGUACAUGGGCAAAAAGGCUAGUGGUGCUAGCUCUGCUAUUGGUAGCCACACUCUGUCAACCAUCUUUGAUCCCAUGCUAAGAAGUGUUGAAUAUAUUAAGCUGUUUUGGGGUGUUUUUCUACCGUAAGGCUACUUGGUUAGUUGGAACUAUGAAUUCCAUUGAAAUGAUUAAAUAAAGUCCAAAAAGAAAAAAAAAAAUCAAAGUGAAGUGGGCGUGGCGCGUCAGCUGACCUCUGAGCCACUUUUAUUUGCAUAGCACUUCCACAGAAAGCAUUCUCAGAGGUCCCAUUCCCACCCUGCUAUUGCUUCAAUCGUGAGCGAGCGGCUGACCACAAAGCCACUCUGCAAACACAGGCUGUCAUCUUCAGCGGGACGGCCACCAUAUUCACACACACUCCGAGGCGCACAUAUGCUCAGCGACACACACACUCCCACACACAUUCUCCGCUGCUCUUUCACCCUCAAAGUUUCUCACAGUCCCUCACACCCUUAUCUUCACUCUGAACCCUCGCCCCUUACCCCCCUUCCUCUGGAUGUUGCUCUGUAGUAAAGACAAUCUUUCUCACUUUCUUCCUCCGUCCAUUCUUCCCACUCCUUUUCCACUUCUUCCACCCCCGCACUGACCACAUCCACUAAACUCACUCCACAGGCACGCAGUGUGGAGAGUGUCGGAGGCGUGCGCUGCUGGCACUUUCCCCCACCCCUGCACUGGGCCCGGCUCCAGGACUGGACCGCCUGCAUGCUGUCUCUCUCCCUCUCUCUCUCGCUCUGAUCUGAGCAGCUCUCUUUCUGCGCCGGCCCCACUCCCUCAGCCCCACCAUUCAACCACCCACCAACCCCAAAAAAGCCAACCUCAUAGAAGGGAGUUUAUGAAGCAACAAGAACAACAACAAAAAAAAAACCUCCCCGCUACAGUUGUUUCCGAAAUGAGGAGGAAUUUGGCUACCAGUUGUGCUAAUGUUUUCAAGAUGAGUGACUGUUUGAAGGAAAUCCCCCCUUCUUUAGUAGCCAUUUGAAAUUCUUUCUGUGUUUUAUUGUGAGGAAGUAGGUGCUGGGUUAGUCAGCAGCCCUCCAGGGAAGCUUGCGCAGUCUGUCUGGGACUGACGGUGUGAACAGUGGCCCGGUCCAAUCCAUUUUCUCAGUCCUACUCGAAAGGGUCAGAAACGCAGCUAAUGAGCGAAUAUGUGUGCGGAAAGUCUGGCUGGCUUCUCCAAGAGCGUCUGAGUUCUCGGGGUAGAACAUGGGACUUCAUCUGUAGGAAAGUUUGACGCGAAAGACACUGAUGUGGGAGUGAGUUUGACCAACAGACACCCUGCUCAAUAUGUUUUCAUUUGGUAAGUUUACAUCGAAAUCUAUCCACGGUUUCUGACUUUACUCUUUGCAUGAUGUUUGUAGAGUUUGAGCCAACGCAGGAACACUCAGGCCAUUAAGAUGCAGAAAUUCGUCUUAUUAUAGGGAUAAUAUCCGCCUCCCAGUCUGGUUUGUUACAAAUACAAGCUUUGAUGACUUGUGCUGUGAGUGCCUGCCACACUUGCUUCAACGAGCCAAUAGAUUUAAAGCAGCCCUUUGGAAAGACAGUGUUUCCUUUUGUCUCUAUGAUCAUAUAACUAAUGCUAAUGUUGAUUUAAUUUAUUUGAGGAAAGAAGGAGGGAGUGUGUGUGUGUUUUGUCACAGGUCAUGACAAAGAAAAAGUGCAUGUUUGCUGUAAUCCUCCAGGCUGUGUUGAGCAGAUACAGAGCCUGGCUGCCACAUGGCACCGACUGCUGACUGCGCAACCUCAAUCAGCCUGUGCUCCCUCACUUUCAGUGAUAGCAGGUAUUAUAAACUAGUGUGUGCGUUUCUAAAUCUCCCGGCCUUUCUUCUUCUUCUUCUUCUAUCCUCUUCAUCCUCUUCUCCUGAUCACCGGGCUGUUGAAACAGGUUGAUGUAGUCACACCUGCUUUUUUUCCCCCCCUCUGUCUCUCUUCUCUUCUUGUCACCAUCACUCUCAUCUAUGGCUGUCUGUCUGGUGUCCUUGUCUAGACGACAUGUCCAUCCGUCCCUCCGGGCGGCUGUCUGCAGAUAAAACUGAGAAGCAGACUACCUUGGCUCAUUUUUCAAGAGCAGACAGGGAAAUAUGAGCCACGGUGAAAUAAUUCCAUUUUUAUCUUCUCUUGGACAAUAGACACAGUCGUAGAUCACCGCAUGUAUGUGUGUGUGUGUGUCGUUGCUUGAAUGCCAAAGCAUGUAAGUGCAUGCGAAGAGGUGUGUGUCCCCAAGGAGGAAAUUUUGAUCUGAUUCCCAGCAUGUAAAAGAACAACAUGUUGUUAGUGGGUGCUUGUUGUCUUCUCAGUUUUCUGUCCUCCAUCUCUGCUUUGCCCACUCUGCACAUCCUAUUAUUGUAUAAUUCCUUGUUAAGACAGCAAAAUACCACUUGGCAUUGAUUAGUAUUAAUGGGCAGGGAUGCUCAGCGGAGCAGAUUAGCAGCCCAAACAGGCCAGAGAUUAUGUCACCUCCCUCCCUGCAGCCCAACAAUUGAAACCAGAUUAGAGCGCAGAGAGAGAGAGGUGCGUUUGUGUGUGUACACCCGGGUGGGGUUUCAAGGUAGUUUUGGGAGGGCUGCUGUUCCCCGAGCAGCACAAUGACCAACUGCAUCUGCCCACUGCUGUAGUAAUGGGAAGCAUUCAGCCUCUAGCCCGGAGCACUGUUUCCCUAUCGUUCCCAUGACAACUGGGCAUCCAUUCUCCCUGCUCCGCCUCCCCGCCUGCUGCUCACUCAGCGCCGUCCACAGGGGCCCUCUGCCUGGGCCUACAUUACACACGUGCGUUGUGGUUGUUGUGCUCAAACCGGACUCUGCACACCCACCCACGCCGGAGUGUGGGUGGAGCAGCACUUGUUAACACCUCCACCUUCUGAGGAGCUGGUACAUUCCUGUGUUUGUUUCUGCUUUCGGGGCAGUUUGAGCAGACUUGUUUGUGUGAGGGUGUCAGGGUGGGUUGCAAGAUGUCAGGGGAAGGUGCGGCUCCUCCAUCUUAAUACUUCCCUCGUUCACCUAAUAGGAUUAAUCGCCAUCUCUACCAGGGGUGGGCUCUGAUUAGGGAUGAACAGGACCCUAUUUUCUCGAGCAGUCAACACAAGCGCACUGCUGGCACCACUUACAAACUCAAGGAAUAAAUAAACAAGUUUUUUCUUCACGAACGUAGGCAGGAAAACACAACUUUUAUAAGGAGCUAGCCUGGCAGUGGCAGGCUCCCUGGAUCUUUGACACUAUUUAAUAAGCUGCUAAAUAAACACUUUUGGUGAGUCCAGCGCCGGUGCUGUCAUGCCUCAAACCUUUUUGCUCCACUUGUUCUGCUCUGCUUUGGUUGACACCCAGACUUUAACUACCCAAACACUACAGUAGACCAGCCCACUUUUAUAACCCGUGUGCUUUCUCACAGACACCUCUGAUUCAUUAGAGUUUACAUGCAUCCAGGGAGGGUUUCGUAUAAACGCAGUGUGAGAGUUACUCAUGUCCUCAGAUUCAGCAGUGGUGUGAGAAUGCAAAGGGGUUUUUCUGCAGAACCGGGCCGACACAGAUGGAGGUGUUCCGAUCUGAGUGACAGGCUGUGGAGUCAGCAAGACCCGGUGUGACAGAGGUGAAGGCCGUUGCAUGAUUCCUCCAUACUACACUUCAGGAUUGUCAGAUUGGACUUCCUCUGCAACCCUGAACCAAACUGGGUAACCGCAAGGGAUGUGCAUUUCAUUGAAUAUUCAACCCUCCCUCAGUGAGAAGGACAGAAAGAAAUCCAUGAUUAUCAUAACUCUGUCUUUUUAUUUUGACAGUGAUGCGAUUCACAGAACAACAUAAUUAUAUAAUAAUUAUCAACUGCGCCGCCUCCUCUAUAAACCAUAGGACAAAGCGAUUCUCUUCCACAGGACAGUGGGAAUUAUCCAGACAUAUCCCAAACUCUGAAAACCCUCACCUUCAACCAAGCUGAUUGGGAGCAUGUCUUUUGCGAUCAUCUUCGAGAUGACGGACAUCUCCUAGUGGCAAAGCUUGCAAUUGACUGUUGCUGUGACGACGACCUCCCGCUUUCAUAUGGCUGUGCAUGGUUAUCGUAGACUUGUGAUUUGCAAGCUUAGCCUCGCAGAGUUUACACUGAACCUCUGCUUCACUCGUUUUGCUAAAAUAACUCCACACAGAACUUUUGGACGGCUGCUGGAGUAAUCUCUCUAUCGUGUUUUUGCUACUGUUCAUUUCUUCUUCUGCAGUGGCAUCCAACCCGCCACUCUGUGUAUCGUGCAAAUACUACCCCCGUGCGGAAGGCGCCAGUAAAACAACUUUUUCUUUCCAGAUGUGAACUAUUCGACUUUUUAGGAUUUAAUGACUAUGUGAAUAUUUGAAAAUCGUUGCACAUCCCUAGUAACCACAAGGUCUUCAUGUUUGAGUACUCCGAGUCCCUCCCAGGGUUCUGCUCCAUUCCUGCUCCCACCUAACAUCAGCGUAAACUUCAAAGAUCCUUUUGCCUGACAUCGAGAAUUUCCCUUUUUAUGUAUUGUCCCUCUCCUCUCCUUGUCUUCCUGGCUGAGGCUCUUUCCUCGCUCGGUGUGUGAAGAGGGGCUUCGCAGCCUCUCUCUGUCACUCCAUGUCUCUCUCACCCUUUCUCUCUCUCUCUCUCUCCGGGGUGAGGCUGUUAAUAAUGCAGGAGGAUUAGCUGAUUUAUGUGAGCCGGAGGCACUGAGGAAAGCUGGGGUUCCUGGGGGCGACAGGCAGAAAGAGAGGGCAGAGGAUUGUGCAAUGUGCAGGGCGGUGCCAUACAGGAGCCCUGGGUGUCUGGAUGAUGGUGGCUGGAUGUGAGCCUUGGGAGUGUGUUGGCCACAGCCAACCCCCCCACUGCCCUCAAUACCCACCCUGCGCUUUACAGAGUGGUGCCAGGAGCACUAUGAAGGGUCAGGGGUGAUUCGAGGUGGCAGUCUAGUAAGGGGAGGGGCUGAAGGGGAGAAAAGCACAGAUUUUGUUCAAGCUAUUGGGCUACAUGCGGCUAACAUCACCAGAGCACCCUCUCCAUUAUUACAGUGAGCUGUGUCUACAGAUAUGUCUCAGUAUUGGCAGCUAUCUGACUCAUUGCUCUUGCAUGGAGCCACUACAGCUUGUAAAUGCAGACAAAUAAGGCAUCCGCAAAGAAUUCAAGAUGACUGUGAUAUACUAUUUAGUAGAAGAAAAAAAAACACUUGUGGUGAGCCGACUUGAUGGAAAUGACUCCUCAGCGGUGUUGGGUGGAGUACAGUAAGACAUGGUAAGCCUGUGAGCCUGAGCUCAGGGCAAACAAACCCCCUUCUACGUGCCUUUGCGGAUCAUGUUACAGAUUUGUGGACCAUGCACUGCACACAAUAGCAAAUCUCAGUAAGUACAACUAUAGAGGAAGCCAUGUGUGCACCGUAGACUGUACUAAAAACAAAACAUGGACGUUGGCUCAGGGACGUCUGAAGGGGAACUUUGAGACCAAUCAUUGAUGGUCGCCAUGUUUGAAAUAGGACCUUCUUGGAAAAGAUCAGUUUGCCGCAGACAUUUAUACUUUAAAGCAAAAUUGUCUUUUUAGAAUGGGUGUGUAUGUGGGUCCUGGAGCUUUUGAAACCAGCCUCAAGUGGACACUCGUGGAACUGCAGUUUGAUUUACACUCAAUAAAAACAGACAGUAAGAUUCCUGAUUGUUUACUGCAUCUUUUUAGCUCCUGUUGCAAAAACACUUUUCAGCCACAUUCAAAAAUUAGUCUAUUUUUGUAGGCUUGUGGAUCAACAUUUGCAUUAUGAACACCUGCGUGCAAAUCUGUCUAUGCCUUUGUAGAUCUACUUAUGCAUUUGUAGAUUUGCAUUAGGGAUGCACCGAUCUGCUUUUCUCACCUCCACGAUACAGAUAUUUACAGUUUAGUAUCAGCUGAUACUGAUCCAAUUCUGAUACAGAAAAGCCACGCUGAAUGACCUUUUGUUGUAAAGUUUUACCAACUGCCCCUCGGACCAUUUGCUUCACAGGUAUUGCAAGUGACCGUCGAGCUUGUAGGCUGAGGUAUCGUGAUAAAGUUCAAGAUAGCAGACACCUUUGCUCGCUCCAUUGUGAAAACAACGUGGGCAUCCGCUCAGCGUGUUUACUUGUUGAUGCCACUCAUGGCGAAUAGCAUAGACUGAAUAGAUCGGCCCCUAUGCAUCAGGCCCAUUAUCACGAUACCUGAUCUAGAAUUUUCCUCAGUAUUGAGACCGAUACCGAUAUCAAAUAUCGGAUCAGUGCAUCCCUAAUUUGCAUAUAGUUUUGCUACAGUAGAUCCAUAACAUUGCUUGUUUUUUUAAUGUCCUGAAUCAAGUAUCAUUAUAUCAAAACAUGGUUUUAAUUUGAGUUAAUUUUGCUGUUUAUGACUCAAAAGUCCGGUUAAAAUCUUCCAGUUCCAUGUUUUCUAUUGUUCAAGUGAAAAAGAUUGACCAACAGGAAACACACAAACACACAGCGUCGGUUUUAAGGAUGUUUUCCAAGGAAGAGCUCUGUAAGGUCGGGGAUUGUGGGGGAUUUCCACCUGUCUAGGGCCCUGGUGCAAAGAGUGACAGAGCUGUGUGCGAGAAUGCGUGUCCAAUGCCCAUUUCUACGCAGGAAGUGUAUUUGUGUGUGUUUGCCUCUGCAUGCUCCCGUGCUCCGGCCCAUGAGCCAUAGGCUUUCUCGGAGCAGGGGCAAGCAGCAGACUGAUGGGUUUAUUCCUGCUGUCUGCCCAGAGGAUGUGCUCACUCACUGCCUGGCUGAUUAAGACUUCCACACAAUUGUUCUCACACUCCCAGAAAAAAAAAAAACGAUCGAUUCAUGUUUGCACUGAUUCACGCUUAAAGAAAAUCAAAUCACACAGAGGUCCUUGUUAGAUCUGCACGCCAUGAGGGGCUGUUAAUGAAUUUUUACAACGUCACUCUCCCUUCCGUUUUCACAACUUAUGCACAUGGUAUGCGAAACCAAUGUGUGUUUGUGCACGUAUGUGCGUGUGUGAGCACAUCCAGGCUUCUUCAUACAUAUGCAUGAGUCUUCACAGCGGUGUGACUUGGGGGAAAUGAAUGUGCAAAGAGCCGGGGACCCGGGCCCCUCGCUCAAGUGCACUGGCGGGCGCGUAAUGGGAAUGUAAUUUAAGCAGUGGUUAAUCAGUGUGUUUUCUCCGACUUGCCCAGCAAUGCAUAAUAGACAAUCAGCCCCCAGUCACACCGGCGUUGCUACGAAUGGUCAAUUACUCAUCAUAGUCUUGUUAAACACACAGUUCAGCCAGCCAGGGACAGAUUGCUCAGCUGGUGCCAUCAUUAUGUUAAAGAACAAAGCAAAGUAAUGCUAUGUGUCGGAGAAAGAGGAGAGAGAGGCGCGCACGUAGGGUAUGUCUGCGAUGCGAUGGGACGGAGGAAGGAAAGGGAGGAAAGGGGCGCUGUGACAAAGCAGAAGGAGGAAGGGAAAAAGGAGCAAAACGUCCAAAAAUGGAGCCGCAGAAGAAUGUACGAGUACAAUGUCAGAGUCAUGCAGAGAGAGAGGAAGAAUGAAAGAAAAGAGAGACAGAGAGAGGAGGUGAAAUGGAGCAGAGCGAUGAAAAAGAUUGAGGGCAUGAAAGUGAGAGAUGGAGAGCAUAAGAUAAUGGAGGGAGGGAGAGAAAUUGAGAAAGGGACACUGGGGAGCAGGAGCAAAAGUGUGUGAGAGCGAGAGGGAGAGAGCCUGAGAAAGUGUGUACUCAGCUGUGAGAUGAGACCUCUGUCUGCCCAUGGGGAGAGGCGGUGUGAGGGGAGAGAAGGCGAGGGGAGAGGACUCUGCUGUCAGUGAGGGGGAGGAGAGUCUCUCACUCUGUCUCAUCACACACACACACACUUAUACACUCAUUCACCCUCUCCCCAGGGUAGCGAUCAACUCUGCCUAUCAUAAUAAUUCCACCUAGAAGGCCGGUGGACUCCAUCCUUUCACAUCUACAUCUGGAUUUUUUCUUGAUUUUGCUCUCACUCAUGAUGCACUCCUCUAAUUCUAACCAUGUUCUCUCUCCCUAACUUUGUCCCUGUGGGCAUGCAGGCAGUGGAUUGAUGGGCAAUUCCUCCGCCUCCUUCAUGGGGACCUUUCUGGCCAGUAGCCUGGGUACCCCCCCUUCCCACCCGCCUCACCCUUCCCGGCCACCCUCCUCGCCCUCCUCACCCUCCUUCCGGGGCGGACCCCACUCCAGCGCCUCGCAAAUCUGGUUCCCCCAUUCGCAUGAAGGUACCUCAAGUCACACAUGUACUCAAACACACUCCCACAGCCUCACUCCUUCAUCUCACAACAUCGCCUGGCGGGGCGGGGAUGGAUUCAUAUCUUGGCAGUAUCGGGGACAGAGCUUUGCAGGGUGUAUUGUUACACUGAUUCUGCGUAUUUUUAGCUUUCCGCCAAAGCAUGACUUGUAAUCAGCUAGCUGGGGCCAGGCUCCCACCCUUUUAAUGUGCUCUAAAGUAGACCCGGGACCCGCAUGUUUAGAACUGCGCCAUGGUUUCUGGAUGGGGACACGGGGUCAAAAGUUCAGCCAAGGAAUCUUGUGGUAUUGGAUUCACGUCAGCAGGAAUGUCGCUCAGGAUUCUGUGAAGCAGCACGCCAGUUAAAAGUCGCAGUGAUUGCAGAGCUUUCAGCUGGUGUCUCCAUCACGGUUUAAUAAGGUGGUUCCCACCCAUCGUUUAGCUCAUAUAUGCGCACAUACGUAUGCUUCAGAGACUUAUAUUUCUGCUCGGAUACAGCUGUGGAGUCAGACAAGGAUAAAGACGAGAGAUUAGUCUGCUUGGGUAUUUUGGGAAUUCAAAAGCAAAGGAUGUCAGAUAAAUGUAAGACCCCCUACCCGCUGAUACAUUAACGCAAGGUCUGCUUUCUCCCGUGACUCCGCUCCUGUCACUUUUGGAUUUACAUGUUCAUUAUCUUUAGCUAAUUACAUGAUCGGAUGGCCAUCUAGUGAACCGCGGUCUCUGAAGUUGACAGAUUUUUGUCAGUCAGUCUUCUUGUGAUCAUUUAUUCCUCCACUAAGAAUAGCCCAGCUGUUAGUCCAGGGGGCGAUGCCAGUGGGGGGAGUGUUUGUUAGUUGUGGUCACUGAUCAGCAGCGCUCCAGUUGCCUGAUGUUCGGCUGAUUGGAUGCAGUGCAGCUGAGAUGCUGUCUGUUCUCUUUUAUAUCGGUGAAAAGGCAGCUCUGCUUUUCCGCUCCCCUCCCCCUUACUUUGCCUUUAAGAGGGUUGAGUCAGGGGACGCCUGAAACAGAGGUGAAAAUAGGUAAAACCGAGCCGUCGUCAAAUCAACAAGACGACAGAGAUCUAGCAUCAGGGUAGUCGGAAUCAUUUUCCUUAAAAACAAAUCUGAGUGUCUCCUCUACCUUCGAGUUUCAGGGUUUCAUUGUCAAAGAUUUUCUUCUUGUGGAAAAGUAGAAUAAUAUUAAUAAGAGUGAUGACGAUAAUGCCAAGCCUAAUAAAAGUAAUGGAGGUGAUUAUGACUGGGAUUAUUACUCAGUUGGCAAUGGAGGCCAUUAUCUCUAUUGCAGUUUAAUUGCAUAUAACGCACUAAGAGCAUGAUUGAAUCCAGACUGUUCAUCAACCACAUUCAGCUGUUCCCUCCUCAAGAUAAUUGCAUAUUGUCUUUUUCCUGUUUUGCAUAAAAAGCAAGUCAUCAAAAUGAGCGGCACAAUUACCCAGACUCUCGCCUGCUCUCUCCGGGUGUCAGCAGAACCCCACCAGCAGCAGCAGCAGCAGCAGCAGAGCAGGCGCUGAAUUGUGCGUGUAUGUGUCAGCGCGUUAGUGUGUAACUUGUAACCUUAAAGAUAUUCUCUGGAUUUUUUUGUGUUUUUCCGAGAGCAUUUUUUUUCUUUCUUAAAGCGGCUGCAUGCAAAUCGUGCAUUCGGAGAUCACUGUUUGAUCCUCGUGUCUCUGGCACAUACCUGUCACCUGUCAUAGAGCAGAAUAUCUUUGUCUCUUCUUUUCCUCUGGCGUUUUUUUCAUGAAACCUUCGACUCAAACAGUUAUUGAUAUAAUAGUCUCAUUAGUCGACAGCUUACCACAGAUGUAACGAUCAGGGAUUUUGACGGUAUGAUUAUGGAGAGCAGUUAAUAAUCAAUUUCAUAAUUAUCAAGAUAUCUAUGAAUUUAUAUGAUGUGCAAAUGUUCAGCUAUAUUCAAAUGUGGCAAUCUUAUCAGUUCUAACUGGAAAGAAGCAGUCAUACAGGUAUGCACACUUGCUGUUUCGCCAUGUCUCGACUGUGGCGCUGCCGCUGCUUCACAUUAGUAGCUAGCCCUCAAAUUUGUUGCCACUGCUUCAUACAAACUCGACAAACAGCUAACUUUCUGUGUUUUAUAAUUCCAAAAUACUUCCAUGCGGCAUUUCUCAGAUGUUUUGGUGACGUUAUUGUUUUUAGAUUAGCUUAAGUGUAUUAAUUAAAGUCGAGUGCAUGGACUGGCCAGGUUCUAGGUUACUAUGGUUACCACUACUUUAGGUGGCCUGAUGCUUCGGUAGGCUACACAAGUCUGAAUGGCCCUUUAUUAGGGUUGUCCUAAUCUGAUGUUGAUAUCGGAUAUUGGGCCGAUAUCAGCAAAAAAACAAAUAUCGGAUUAUAUCGGCCCGCAUCUAAAAUCUCAGAUAUCAGCACUCUGAUAAGAGCUGUCCAUUCCAGAUCCCACUCCAGCACCUCUAUCUAGCAUGCAGAGUCCUUGUGAUCACAACAACAGUGUGUACUAAGGUACUAACAAAGUACCAAGGAGUAGGAGUGUUGUUGGCCAAGUGGCAGUAUUUUUCGUUAAAGUACGAAAAAGACGUUGCAGCUUAGAUUUGUCAUGCACAAGUUUGUGCUAAUAUCGGAUUGAUAUAGGUAUUAGCCAAUACUGAAGGCUACAUUAUCAGUAUCGAAUUGAUAUAGUGAAAAAGUUGUAUCGGGACACCCCUACUCUCAAGUAACAAACCCCAGAUCUGACUUGACCCCUGAGCCACAUGUCAUCAAUACGUCUUUACACUUGAAACAGCAUAGUAUUGGUAUCCCAGUGUAUGAUUUUACAUUUUAUUACAGUUUGGCUUUUCUUAAGUCUUGAGUAUGUAGAUUCACUGAGUGUCUAACAAUCACAGUACUCAUGUAUUCAACGUGCGCCUUUCUUACUGAAAUUUCCUGCAGUAUUUCAUGAGAAAGUAGCAAAAACCUGACAGAGAGAUCCGUUUUGUUUUCCUAAUCUUAAAUCAAAUGGACCAAAAGUCAACCGCAAUAUACACACCAAUCAGUCACAUUAGGAGAAAGCCCUCAGAGCUUAAUAUUUCGGGUUCGAAAGCCAGAUCUGAGUGAAGGGAGUGUAACUUAAUCUGCAUUAAGAGAGAGCAGGGCUGAAAUGUUUGGAGUAUGUUUAGAGGGAGUCAGUGAAGCCACGCAUGCAGACCGCAUAUCUACUGGGAGCCUGUGCGACAAAACCAUUAGCUGAGUGACACAUUAAGCAAAGCUAUAAAUAGCUUCUCCACAUAACAGUGGUGGAAUGGCCCUUUGGAUGGAGGUGGCUUUGGCAGGGGGGUUUGAGUAAAUUUCAUGGAGUAAUGUCCUGGAGUUUUGUUUGAAGAUUGAUUGUUUUGGUGAAAGAAAGUGUACGGCGCGCUGUCGUACAAACAUUAACAUAUUUGUGCCGGAUGACUGUGCCAGGAAGCAAAACCAUUAGUGGCUUUCAUGAUGUCAAGGGGGUGCAAGGAUUAAAAAGGUUUUUUUAUGCUCUGGAUUCUCCUCUCAGAUUGAGUGCCAGAUACUGUAAGAGCCAUUGUGUGUACCGUACAUUGAGUUGUCUGUUUAUUCUAUAAGGGGAGCCCUGGACCGCCUGACACAGAGCAGGAGAGGACGGCCGGGCUGUACACGGCGGUGUUGUGACUGUUUUAAUAAAUGUAAUGUAAAGUGUUUUUCAUUACACUUGGUGAAAUGGAUUAGGCCCUUUGAGCUUCCAGAUGAUUUAUUUUCAUUUCAUGUUUGGAACCGUUUGAAUGAACCUUUCUGAAUCAACUGAGUGGAAAAAUUAAAAAAGAAAAAUGGACCAUAAAAAAAAAAAAAAGAAAGAAAGAAAAAACCUGCCUCCUCACAGGCCGGAGGCCAGCUGGCUGAGGUCCAAAUGACUUCUUACGUUAUGCCAGAAACAAUCGCGGUCUCGUAUUCCUGUCAACACGUAUAGACACACAUGCAUGCACAUACACAUCCGCCUGUACACACCUGUCUAAUCCACUCCUGUUUGAUAUGCCUUUCCAAGCCUAUCUUCAGUUGUCCAUCUUUCCUUCUGUUAGCAGUUGCUAGCUUUUCCUUUGGUUGGAUUUAAGCUGCUGCACCCCCCCACCUCUCCUCUCUUCCGUACUCCUGCCUCUUUCAUUCUCUCUCCCUCUCUCUCCCUCUCUCUGCCUCUCGUGCCAGCCUGCAUCCCUUCCUUUCAAUUAGUCAAACCUAAAGAGAUCCAGCACAGCGCUGCCCCUCCUCCGCCAAACCCCUCCUCCUCCUCCUCUUCUGUCUCUUGAUGGUUCUGUCACUUUUUCUCAAUUAGCGGACCUGACAGGCAGCUCAGCCCGCUCCUCCUCUCCUCUUGGUCUUCUUCUGCCGUGCUCUCUCUCUCUCUCUCUUUCUUUCUUUCUCUGCUGUUUCUCCAGAGAGGACCUACAGUUCUGAGUUUAUGUUAUGUUGUGUUUAAGCAAAAUUAAAGAGGCCCUCGUCUGGGAUUGAACAUGCCAUGCUGGUAUCUUCGGAGCAGGUUUUGGAGAGGAUACAAGCCGGUGAUUCUGUGCUGGUGCAACACGAAAACACUGUCAUCUGCUUUUAAUUCAGCAGGCUUAAUUCUGCUCUGCCUCUAGGUGCUGUUCUAUAUCCAGCCCCCUUCUUUGUCCUCCCUGUCGGCCUGCUUCUCUUAACCCACCAUGCUGUGAGAAAUACCUCCAGAACUUGGAGAAAUCCCUCCCUGGGAUGCGUCUCUGUUUGUUCUGCCUCUCGCCCCUGCUCCGCCUGUGGAAAGGAGGGCAUGUGCUGCGAACUCCCCUCUGCCAUUCACUUGCCAAUGCGGACUUGUUUAUGUGUGUGUGAGUGUGUGGAAGGAGCAGAAGAGAGCGAGGCUGCUGUGCAGUCAGCAGACUGCACUAAGACCCUGCUCACGUCGCCUGCAGCAGGAGCAGCGGCAGCAGCUUCCCUUGUCCUGGCCAGAUUAAUGGCUGAAUGGGCUCUACCCUGCCCAGCAGUCCCCCUCUUGCCGCCCCAAUGGAGGGCAUGCUGAAACUGAGCGGGCUGGCAUUAUCGGGCACAGCCAGACCACGCUGUGAAAAGGGAUUACGCCGUCAAUCGUCACGCUCACAAACAACAUGCUGCCGCAGAAAAAAAAAAAGCCCCUCUACCAGCUUGGAUAAAGACUGCCAAACAGCUCAGUGCUUUUCUCCCUCACAAAAUCAGAGAAAAACGUCUUGCUUUAACAAAGAAACCCCCCCUUUCUUUCACUGUAGAUGAAUUGGCAUAAAUGUGUGCUUAUUAAUCAUGACAGCAUAGAAAGAGACGGAGACAAAAAGGAGAGACAGAGAAUAGCAAAAGAGAGGUAGAAAAUAGGUGAAACAAAGAAAAAGAGGGAGAAAAAGUGAGGGUAUGUAAUUAUCACCCCAUUGCCCUCCUCAGAAAGCAGCACCUCCUGUGUUAUUGCAGGGCUGUUUGCCCUUUCUGUGCAUUUCAUUAAUUAAGAUGGGAGCAUGCCGAGGCCGGGGUCAUUAAGCCCACCACAACACUCCUCCCUUCCUAGAACCUGCUCACAGCACCGGCCUCAUUGUUCCGACGGCAGAAAGUGAGAUAUUCCACACUCUGAGCUCCUGUUAAAACCACAGCGCUGUGCGGGCGAAAACACACACACACACACACAUAUACACACACACAAGGCCAAAUGAAUUGCAUCUGCGCUUUCGUGGAUAAGGUCGCACGCUUGCCAACACAAAUACGUCUGUCUUUCAUUUAGCUUGUAGAGCCAUGUUUUCCUCUCCUUAUCCCCCUCCUCCUUCCUUCACUCCGUCUGUGAGUCGUGUUUGAAAGUGAGGCUGGAGGGUGAGACAGGUGCAAAAGCAGAGAAAAGGAGACGUGAACCACCUGGACUCUGUGGAUGACUCAGAGGUCACUGAGAUGCUUGUAUGUUGUGCUGCCGGACAGGAGGCGUCUGUUUUGAUUACAGUCGCAUUAGGGCUGGGCCAUGCAGCUGAAAGUGAUCACAUUUUUCACAUCAGUAACCAUCGUUAUUACAAUUAAUGUCAAAUCAUCAUUUCUUUUAAAUUUAAUGGUAUAUUUUGGCUCCUGGAGAAACUAGACGGUUGAUCAGCCGGUGUGAAAUCUUGAUUUUUAACCAAUCUAGCAGGAGACAUAUUUUUGCGGGGGGGGGGGGUAAAUGCCGCUGCAUUGGUUAUAUUUUUGUGUCCGUCAUAAUAUAUGGGAUAAUAUGGUUCAGGUCUGAAACAUGCUCCUAAAAAGCUCAUUUACAGAGAUUUCAACCCUAACCCUAACCCUAACCCCGAUACCCAAACAAAACCCUUACGCUUAAAUUUUUUUUGUGUCAUUUUUCCUAAUUUUUUGUACCAAUGGACUUCAAAAGGUCUGAACGUGCUACUAAAAAGGUCCUGGACAGUGAUUUUAGCCCUAACCCUAACCCCAUAACCCUUACGUAAGCCUAACACUUAAAAAAAGAUUUUACAUUUUUCCUAAAUUUUUUUUGGUUGUUGUUGCAAUUGACUCCAAAAGGUCUGAAACAUGCUCCUGAAAAGGUCCUGGACAGUAAUUUUAACUCUAACUACAACUCUAACCCUAAAAAGGUCCUGGAUAUAACCUUAACCCCCACCCUAAUAACCCUAACCACCAAACCCCAAUACCCCAAUGUUACCCCAAUGUAACCCAAAUACUUAAAAUUUUAAAAAAAAAGCAAUUUUCCUAAUUUUUUUUGUACCAAUUGACUUGAAGUGGUCUGAAAUGUUCUACUAAAAAGGUCCUGGACUGUGAUUUUACCCCGAACCUCCCAAAUCAAAGAGUUUGCUGAUGAAGGAGGGGGUCCUUUUUACUUGCUCUGUGCUUGCUGAGGGUCCACCAACACUGCAGUUCCUCACUUUUAGUGCCAACUUAAAGUAUCAAAGUCAAAUUGUUAACAAAAAUAAUGAUAAUUUUGUCAGUUUUAUCCAAUUAGGAACAUGGAACGGUCACCAAUAACAAAAGUCUAUCCAUUUCGUUUUGUUAAAGUUUUAGGGGCACCGUCAGACAUUCAAAAUCAAUAUCGCCCCAACUGUGCAUAUUCACUUAGAACUGCUAUCAGCAGCAAGUAUGAGUAUAAAUCCUCUCUACCUCCAGCCUUCUUUCUCAUUUUCAUUCAUAAACUUUUCCAUAUACAGAACAUCCCACUGACAAAGACAUUUUUAGCUGCUACUUCUCUCUUUUAAUUCUAGCUUGGAGUUAUGUUAGAGAGCCAACUUAGUAAGAUGUUUCUUAGUGAUGAUCAACUCUAAAUCAAUGGUGAAUGAAGAUUCAGUAAAAACUGAAUGCCCCUAGGCAGGCGCUGGACUCAAGGACAUCAAGAACCAAGCCCAGAUCCCCCAACCCACCCCACCAUCACCACCACACAAAAAGAAGUCGUCUUCAAAGAAAACAUAUAAAGCCAAACUGACCACAGAAAAACCGUUUUGUCUCUUGACUUUGAAUACGAAACAUUCCUCUGUAUUACUUUGGAUCAGCAGGGACAGCGUAGCAGCCUUGUAUUGGUGGGAGAAUCUAAAACUAAAAGUUGAAGUCCAGAUUUAAACCGUAGUUUAACCUCAAUAUAGAUUUCUGAUUUGUUGAUGGAAUUGUUUUGGAGACAGAGAACAUUUUGACCAAGUUGAUGACUAAAACUAAAUUAAAGUGUUUGACUUUUAGUGAAGUAGGACUAGAAUAAAACUAGAAAGGGCAAAAAUGACUCAAAUGUGACUAAAACUAAAGACACACUGGCCACGGUUCAAUCGUCAUAAGAGUGCCAAUACUCUAUGAUCAUUUCCCUUUUCUUAUUUAUUCAAUGGACCACAUGUAGAGUAGGUGUUCAUGACAGGUUUUUAUCUUUUUUAAUAUCACAUUAUGUAAUCUAGUCAGUGGAGAAUAAUCUGACUUUCAUCGCACGCCUAUACUGCCCUAUUUUUGCAAUUUACCGUGCUUUAAUUUUGCUCCCAGUCUUUCUCGCAACUAUGUUAAAUAAUUAAUUACAUACUACGAGAGACAGAGAUAGUCUAAUUCUAAUUAAUUUGUUUGGUUGUUGUAGUUACCCGCUCGCACUAGAUGUUGGUUGUCAUAGCGAUGGUGUUUCUUUGUCCUAAUAUUGCGUUUGGCUUUCAUCUCAAUCCAUGUUCUCUCCUCCCGCCCUCCACCUUCAAAGUCCUUUGUGAUUUUAUUUUUUUUUCUCGAUGUCCCACGCAAAAUGAGUUUUGUGUUUGGUUGUGGUGUAAAUGCUCUCCAGAUGGGCCCGAUGAAAUAAGCCCAGGUGUGUUGGCUUACGGUCCCAACUUUCAUAUGACCUUUUACCCCCGGUGUGGGUCAGUCAAGGUCAGCCGCUCGGCUUUUCCUUCAUGGUAAACAAGCUUUAAAUCCGUCCUUAUCACCCCAUUCAGAUGGAUAGAGGUGCCACUGCCAAUUGUGUGAGAGAGAUAAAGAAAGAGCCAUAUGUUUCAAAGACAAAUUUCAUACAUUACAGCAAUCCCCAGGCUUGUCUUGUUUUGUUUGCAUUCUUAACUCAAGCAGGAAAGGCAAACAUGACAAGCAGAGCCAGUACUUAUUUGCGUAUGAACACCACCAGCUGCAUUGGACCUGAAGGAUUAUGUGGGGUUACUCUGAAUAACUGCAUCUUGCUGGUUAUUGUCCUGUCUUAUCAGUUCUCUCUUUUUCUCUCUCUGUUAUCCAUCUCAGCAGCUCCAGGGUAUCCCCGAUUCUCAGGGAGUUUGGCCCACACUUUCCUUCCCAUGAGCCACUUGGAUCACCAUGCCAACAGUGGAGUUCUAUAUGGCCAGCACCGUUUCUAUGACACCCAAAAAGGUGAGUCACUGGAUGAUUAGAGUUUAGUCAGACGGAUAAAAGACGACAUUGAAAUCAAACUCAUGCAGCUACUGGUGCGUUUCCACCAAGUGGUCCUGUUUUGUUUGGUACAGUUUGGUACAGUAAACCCUGAUCUUGCUUGCGCUUCCUCAGCCAACUGUACCCUGGCGCUUCACACAGGAAGCAUGGCGGCGUGACAGCUCCAGAAUGGCUUGAUUUUCAUUUUGGCAUGUUUGUAACCAGAUUAGACCAUUCUGACUGUUUGCGUGAGCAGCAAAUUUUACGAGUCUCUGUCUCUAAAGAAAAGGUUUGACGAUUUUUGUCUGUAAGCUGGGCGUGGAUCUCAGCAAAAAGUGCACAAAAAGAAGUCCAGUUUAGGGCUGUAUCAGCUCUGCUUGUUAUACAAACAUGACAAAUAAUCUGUGGUAGCACUUCUGGAGUGCUUUCCAAAGCAAAAGCCCAAUCUGUUUCAGAGAGAGAUUCCUCUUCAUACUGCAAAAUGCUUUUAUAAGUCGUGUGCAGGACAGUUAUGGGGUAAAAUAAGUAAUUUGAUUAGCUCCUACUUCCAACCUUAGUAAAAAAAUUCGGUCCAUUUUUAGACCUGAUAGUUUCAUGAUGAGAUCAGCUGUACAGUAUGCCACUUCGCCACUAAUGUGAUCUUGUGUUUUGAUAUCUAUAAAUGCAUUUGUUCUUACUUUUCUGAUUUUUUUUUUUCCAUAAUCAGAGAAUUUCUAUCUUCGAAGUCUGCCGUCCCAGCCACCGCUCAUCUCAGCCAAUCACAGUCUGCCACCAAUGUCCAGGGCAGGUUCGGGACACUCUCAGGGGUCCUGCAGCAGAGAAAGAGAUCCAGGGGUGGGGACAGGUCUCCAUAAGGGUCUUAAAGAGGCGUCAGUGGAGAGAGGAGUGGGACCUGUGAAGGACAAGGAGAGGUCCAGCAGCAAACACGAUGCAAAGGAGAGACAGCAGCACCAACAGCACCACAGCCACCAGCCACAACAGCCCACACACCACCACCAUCACCACCAUCAUUCCCACCCCCAUCAGCAGCAUCCACACUAUCCACAGCAUCCGCUACCGCUGGAGGAGGUCAACAGCAGAGCAAUGGAAAGACACAAGGCGUCACUCACAAUGGAGUACAGCAAAGAACACCCUCAGACUAUGGGGAAGCCCCUCAGUGCCUGCUUGCACAAUGGCAAGAUGCAAAAUGGUGAUGCAGGAGCUGGAGCGGGGGCUAAGGCCUCCAUGUCCAGCUGUGGUGGAGAGGGUACAGCCCUCGGGGCUAUGGGGGGUGGGGGUAGCAGCCAGGGCAGACAUAUGGGGUCCAGUGGCAGUAGUCGUUGUACCAAGGAGGGGAUUAGUGGGGAGAUGAGGAUCAGUGAACAACCAUCGGACUGUCUGGAAAGGGGUCAGGCACCACUUCACCAUUCUCUGCCCUACUCUGUACCUCCACCCUUACAUAUGGGUUCCCCUGCAGGAGGGGCGCACCCCCAUCCGCAUUCUCAUUCUCACCCUCAUACACAUCCUCACCCAGGGGGCUUCCACUGCCUUCAGCUCCACAGCCAUCCACACCACCCACAUCAUUCCCACCACACACACCACCCAGACUUCUUUUGCCCACCCCCUCCUGCUCCUCUUGCCAACCCCGCCUCACAUGAGAGGGGGCCGGCCAAUGUGGUGAGAGAUGGCAAAGUCACAGGGCCUACAUUUGUGCCAUCUGUGGCGGACCUGGGAGACAAAUCCAGUGGGCCAUUCCAGCUUGGUAACCCUGACUGCCAGGGUGUGGGCGUUGGAGGGGGAGGAGGAAACGCCAAGGACAAGGUAAUAGAAAAAAACGGAGGUGGUGGGCACCAUAGUAGUUGGCAUAGGAAACAGCAGCAGCAGCAACAACAACAACAACAACAACAUCAGCAGCAGCAGCAACAACAACAGCAACAACAGCAGCAGCAGCAGCAACAUCCCUACAGAAAGACAGAGAAGGCCCCAGACUGGAUGCAGUCCCACCACCAACACCUUCAGCCCUCACAGCUUCCUCCAACUCCCCAGCUACAACAGCCUCAGCACCCUCAACAGCAGCACCAAGUUGCACGUUCACGCAGCGCUGAGUGUAUCAACAGUGGUGUGGAUAUGGACGUGUUCAGGUCCUCAGUUCCCCAGGGACCAAAAGCCGGACACUCCGUCCCUCAUUCUGUCAACACAUCACCCUACAGAGACUGUUCCCAUCCUGGUCCUCCACCAAACUCUUCCCCACUUGGUAGUAAAGGCAUGGGCCAACACGGUGGUGCUGGAGCACCCCAUGGCCCUAGUCCUGGGGUCAGCUGCUCCUUACAGAGAGAUGGCCAAAAGGUAGCCAGGAUACGCCACCAGCAGCAUGGCCGACCUGGUCAAGAUGCUCCUUCUCCGGCUGAGUUGAACCAAGUGACAAGUCAGGAGUUGAAAAGAAAGAUGGAUAUGUCUCCUUAUGGUUACAAUAACAGCAACGGGCAGCACCUCCACCAGCAGCCCCCAUUGCCAUCCUGGGCCAUGAGGCCUCCAAACCACAUGUCACAACCUGAGGAGGAGCAAAGGAAGACCUACAUGGAGUUAGGGACCACUGGGGGUCACUCCCAGCAGCAGCAGCAGCAACAGGGAAUGAGUCUGCCUCCUCCCCAACCUCCCCCUGUCCCUCCCCUCACUCAGCAACAGCAGCAACCACAGCAGCAGCAACAAGAGCCCCAAGGUCCAACUCAGGGGGAGAACAGUGCCAUGAAAAGCUUACUCAAGUACAGCAACCAGCAACAGCCACUGCUCCUCUCCCAGAAGAGCCCCUUUGGCGGGCUAGGAAGCCUCAAAUCAGGUCCUGCUGGUGGGAGCUGUGCUUUGCAGGGCAACAAACAGACUUUACCAUCCAGAAAGGGUCCAACAAAUGAAAAUGAGCGUCCUGAUUACAGUGGACGGAGCAGGGAAAUGGGCGAAACAGGACAUGGAGAAAGUGAGGUGCGGCAGCCGCCAGUGGGGAUUGCGGUAGCGGUGGCCAGACAAAGGGAACCACCCUGUCGCUCAGCGGACAGUCACUCCAACAGCCGUCAGGGCAGGGUGCAUCCCUCGGUGAAAGGUAACUUUUUAAAAGUACGACUUAAAUGACAAACUAAUACAAGGGUCCGGUCUCUAGUGAGCUAUUAAAGUGUCAGAUCAAGGGCAAAGGCCUGGAGAGAAUGUCCUCGCCAAUAAACACAAGAAUGAAAGGUAAUGAUUGAGCUCAUUUUUGUCUCGCAGGACCACCUCGCUCCAUGUACCCCUCAGAUCCCACCACCGAAGAGGAGAGGAAGAGGAUGAGUGGGGAACAGAUUGGUCUGACUUGCUUGGACAGAGAAAGGGAUGCAUAUAUCAGGUACGAGACGGCUGAGCCACAGUUUAAUAAAUGGACUGGAAAAUGGACUGUGUUUUAUAUAGCACUUUCUCUAGUCCUCAACCACUCAAAGCGCUUAUAAAUCCCCCAACAUAAAUCCGUAACUAUUACAAAAAGUCAAUCUAGCGGUGGUAAUUUGAAUUUUCUUAUCUGAGUCUCAUCUUAAUUCCAGGGAUAAUAAAGAAAGGGUUGAGUUUGCCAGAAUCCAUCCCUCCAACAGCUGUCACGGAGACCUCACCUCUCAUCUCAUGGUCCCGGGCGGGACCUCUUUACAGUCUGGCCAGUUAGGAGAUCCUGCAGGACACUCAGCCCACCAUCAUUGGAUGCCAAGAACUGGAAGCCCAUCCCUCUGGAUGACAGGACACUCUUAUGGUAAAAAUAACACUGAUAGUUUUAAAACAACAAGAAGCGCAAGUUUACUUAAAAAUAUGAUUAUAUGUUAAAGUGAUUUACUUUCAUUCAUGGGUGGAAAUAUUCAGUGAUCUCGAUAUGCAGCUGAAUCAACAUUAUGCUAAGAAUCACAUAUUCUCAUAACACAAAAUGCCCAGAUGUUUUGACCCAUAUAUGAUGAAACUCGCGCUGGGAAUUGCACCGCCAUAUCGUUGUAAAAUGUCAUAUUUUGAGCAUGUCUAAACCCUGGAAUGGCGCCACUAUGAAUGUCAGAGUUUUUAAUGCCUCAAACGUCACAUUUCUGACAUCAGCUUUGUUUUUUUUUUUAUGCCUAACUAACAAAGAGUGAUGAUAUGUAAUAGAUUUGUUCAUACUCCAGCCAAAUACAGAGUAUUUUUAUUUCAAUAUACGAAAAAGGAGCAGUUUCUGAUACUUUAUUUAAUGUGUUUUAUUAUAUAAGGACAUUUUUAUUUGUCCUGAUAUGCAGCAUAUCACACUAAAUCUUCAAAUUUAGCACAGUUAGCAUGUUUAACUAGCUUCCAUUAAAGUAGAUGUGGUUCAUUUUCAUAGAUUGAGAUGGGUACAUAAAUCUUAACUGACCUCUUUUCUCUGUAGCAGGUAUAGGUCACACAGCGCUGCACCAGAAUCUCCCUCCAGGUUUCUCUGCAGCCAUGCCAGGCCCUCUACAGCCAGUUCUGCCUCUGCCUCAGGACCCCUCUGCUCAGCUGGUGGUUCUUCCUACUGAACCUCCUACAACUCAUCACCUGGGUAAGCUACAACCUAACGCUCUCCCCCUGUGCAAAUAUUUAAAAAAAUCUUCAAAUAUACCGUGCACAUUAUUCUCCAUGAAUUAGAAAUUCACUUUGUACCCCGGGUUUGCCUACCUCUGACUUGUAAUGAACAAAGCCAGUGUUCAUACAAAAAUGAUGAACAUUCAAAGCUCCAAUUUUGCACACAGCACUAUUAAAAGUUCACUACCUGCCAGCCUCAGAACUUUCUAGAAAGAAGUCUUGGUACACUUCCAUGCUGUAUGUGCAGCCCCCUUAUAGGGAAGGUAUUAGAGUGUGAGGGCGAGGGGAAGAUCACUUCUUACACUCUUUGUAGACACAUUCAGUGAACAGGCUGUGACAUUUAAUUAGCUCACAAUCUUCAACGGUACAUUUCCUUCUGUGCUCCACAGGAGUUUCAGCCGAGGGAGGAAAUGCAUCCGCAAAAGCUUUCCCACAGGAAACAUUUGCGUAUCCAAUUUUAUGUCUCCGAACAAGGAUUUUUAGUGUGUCUACGAGAAAGGGGAUGGAAGGGAGAGUCAGGGGUGAGAGAAUAGGGUUCCUGUACUGUUAGCCCACUACUUCCCAAGUGGAAUCUGUCAUAGCACCCACAUGAAGUUGUAAUGGUCCUUAAAGCCACAUAAUAAGAAGGGGUGUCCACCCACAAGCAUGGGAACUUGGCCCCCUGUUGGACCCUUCUGCAGAGCCUUCUCUGUGGUUUGGCUGAGCAGGUGGGACUGCAGCAGUAAAAGUCCACGCUGAGUGCAUUUCCAGCCCUGUGUUUUGACCUCUGAUCAACUUUUGGACCAUCAUCAUCUGUUCACAUUUCAUCACUGUCAUGGAUUUUUCCAGCAUUCCAGCAAAUUCUCAAGACACUUCUUAAAAGAUACAGCUUUCUUUUCAGGAAGGAGGAGAGUGUGGGAUUGUUGUGCCUGGGGAGAUGUUGUUCUGUGAUUUCAAAAAUAAUUUCUGAGGAGAUCCGUCUAUGUCGCGGCUGUAAAAUGGGAAUAGAAUGAUUUUUAAACGAUCCAUAAUGGUUUUACUGUUUUGAAAUGUGUGUGUGGGAGGUAGAUAAUGAGCGAUAUGGAUAACACAAUGCUGUAUUGUAGUGUUGCACUCUUGUGUAUGAAUGCAAAGUGUGAGUGUGUUUUCCAAGGUAGCCCCCUCUGUCAUAUCCAUCCUCCUUUUUCUCAUUAGACGUGAUGGAGCAGCCAGGGCUGUGGCCCCCUGUGUAUGGCGCCCGGGGCCCACCCUCCCACAUGCAGCAUCCUGCUGUGUACUCCCGAUCCCAGUUUCUACGGCAACAGGAGCUGUACGCUCUCCAGCAGCACCAACAGCUUCAGCAUCAGCAUCAACAUCAGCACCAGAGCCACCAGUCACAACAACCACAGCCGCAGUCUCAAACCCAGCAGCAGCAGCAGCAACAACAGCAGCAGCAGCAGCAGCAGCACAGGGCUGCACAUGGCAUGGACAUGCAACAUCAUGCAGCUCACAAUUCUCAGGUGACUCUCAAAGGCAGCAUAUUCAAGAACAAAAAAAAAUCUCAGUGUGAACAGAGUUUGCUUGAAGUAGAUCUUCACAGAUCUGCUGCUGUAAAAAAAAAGCAAAAAUCAAGUCUGUGAGGCAUGAGUCAGCUAAAAUCUUCUCAUUAGCAUUCGGUCUAUUUUUGUCCCUCUAAUAUUUUCUGGGAUACGCUGAGUUUCUCUCAUGGAUAAAGCGAAUCUCUGAAUAUAGGCUGCAAAGCAAGUAGACUGUAAAGUGAAAGAGAAGUUUGAGAGGAGUUUAUUUGUACAAAGAUCACUUCAGAAAUAUUAAGUAUCUGAUGUAUUGCACCAUUUAGUCUAUGAUUAUCAUUACAAUAUCCUACCACAUUUGUUUAUUUAUUCACUUUAAUUUACUAUAUGUAUAUAAAUAUUUUUAUGUAUAUAUUAUAAAUGUACUUAUUAUUUUACUAUUUAUUUACCCACUUAUUUUUUUUUAUUUUAUUUUGUUUUAUUUAUUUUUAUUUCCACUAUUAUUUUUUUCUCUCUCUCCUUUUUUCUUGCAUUUUUAGUAUCAUAAUAAUAUUAUUUUUGUAAUAAUUGUUAUGUAAUAGUGCCUACCUUUUCUUCUCUCACUCUCUUUUCAAUAAUCAUCAUAAUUUAAAAAAGAGGAGACAAUUCACACCCACAAAUACACACACUUUUUUAACACACAUAAAAACACCCACCCACCCACACUCUAAACACAGCCUUGCCACACCUGCUAAAUGUUUCUAAAUGUUAUGUGUCCUUGCUAUACGAGUCACUUUGUCUUGUCUCCGUUGUCGGUUUGUACUGUUUAUAUGUUGUCAACCACCUGUCAUGUGCUGUCUUGCAUCACCUAAUAAAAAAAAUGUACAGAGAUCAUAAUUAACUUUUUAAACUAAUAAUUAACUAUUUCUCAUUCUGAUGCCACAGAUGCAGAAGAGGCAGGAUGAGCCCUCGGUUCAACUAGAAGAACUCAUAUCAGAACCAAGAACUCCUAAACCGGCCAAGCCCUACUCUUACAACCCACCUCAGAGGAAUACCUCCCCCGCAGGAGCCUGCACUGCUCACCUGUCUCCUUGUUGCCAGUCCCCAUCACUACGACCACAUCCUAAAAGCACGCCGUCUACGCCCUGCCCUGCUCCCAGCCCUGCUGCAGCAGCCCCUCACUCACCGGUCAUCAGCCCGGCCCCACCGCAAAUGCCUAAAGGGAAUGACGCCCAGGACAAGAGAGUAGAGGGACAGCCUCCUCAGGAUUACCCGGAGUCUCUGGAACCUGGUAAGCGCGAGCAGCGUCCCUCAUCCACGAGGAAACCGGUUCUUAAAACUCACUUAAGCAGAUUUUUAGAAGAGUUUGACAUUCAGCAGAGUUUUUUCUGCUUUAUGUUUUUAGCUAAGAACAAAAUCUAACUCUUAAGAGUGCUGAUAAUGCACACUGAGUGCUAAUAUGUCUGUGCAAUAUAGACAGGUCUAAAUAAGUACAGUGGCCGAGAACUGCCACUGCUGCAAAUAAAAAAGAAUGCAAAAAAAAAAACGAAACCAAAGCCCGCUGUAAAAAAAAAAAAAAAAAAACAGUGCAGAUUUCAAAGAAAAGCCACAACGGGAGUUAACAAUGCAAAAAAAAGUGGCGAUGCAAAAAAAUAAAAAUAAAAACAUACUGCGAAAGUAAAAGGAUGCAAAUACAAAAAGCCACAAUGGAGGUGAGUUGCCGGAGACCAAUAAUAAAAAAAAAGGAAGGGGUCUGCAUACUUAUUUAUAUGAGUAAAGCAACUGAACUGUAAAGCUACUCUCCUCUUGUGGGUGGUCUUUUGGGGUGUAGUGGGUUUUCCCCCAUGUUAGCCAAAGCUAACACUACACCGGCAUCCUCCAGUUCAACUUUAUAUCGACUCAGGGGCUACAUGGUCUGACCAAAUACACAUUGAAAAAUACACAUAGUGGAAUUAAACAAUAACUUUUCCACUUACUUCAUUGCUCGUCUUCUCGCAGUCGUCUUCUGUGCCUAGAUCGUAAAACACCGGUGCAAUAUCAUCAUUGGUCCCCGGCAGCUCACUUCCGUUGUGUGUUUUUUUUUAUUUGCAUCCUUUUAUUUUCAGUUUUUUUUGCGUCGUUCACUUCCGUAGUAGCUUUUUUUUUUUUUAAUCUGCGUUGUUUCCUCUUUUAUUUGCAGCGGGCUUUGGUUUCGUUUUUUUAUUUUCAUCAGUAACUUCUGUUGUGUCUUCUUUUUUUGCACACUUUUUUAUUUGCAGUGGCGGUUUUCAGCCACCGUAAAUAAGGAUACAAUGAAGGCCAAAUUUAAACAAUAUAUGUUAAAAAGCUGUCCUGCUGCUACCCUCUUACUCUGGUUUCAGACAUUAAAAACUAGAGUAUAAAAAUCAUAAAUCUUGCCGCUGAUGGUCGUGUUUGCUUUUUUAUCUUAUAAAAAAGGAUCAGUAUGAACUCAAAUCUACUUCAUAAACGUCAUAAAAACCCUCAUUGGAGCUUUAACUGUCCUAUUAUGUCAUUUUUAAAAGGAAGAGUUGAGUUAUGUUUAGAGAUCUCUCUUCUGUCUCGUUAAAUUUCCCUCUCAGAUGUCAGAUCAGACUUCUGUAUCUGGCUUCAUCCAUCCUGAUAACGGCAUUAAGACACUGCAGCCUUCUCCGGGCAAACGAUAUCAUCAAACGCACAGCACAUGUUUGUUUAAAUUUAUCCACUUAUGAAGCAACUAAAUCCAAUAAAUCAGACCAUUUGUGCUUUACUUCCAGCCGCAACAUGACAAGAUAAGUCAGGACCAGUUUUUAUUUGAAUCUGUGCUCAUAUAUUAUGUGCCUUUAUUCCCCCAUUCAGUCAAGUUCAUGAAACUGCCUCAGACUUGGAAACUUUUCAAGAACAAAUCAAAGUUUUACAUUAAGAUGUGAGCGAAUGAAACCCAAAUCUCCUGCUGCUUUCGGUGCAUCUGAUGCCGCGUUGAGUAAUUCCAGGUAAUAACACGACAUUGAACGUUAUACCCAAUGUUAAUUACAAAAGCCACUCCGGUAAUGAUCAUUUUUCUGCCGGUGGUAAUGUGUGUUGGCAAGCCCCUGAUUGACUGAACAACUCAAAGCUGCAGAAAAACUGGCUGCUAGCACUGUUACCGUGGUAAUGACUGAGAAACACCUCAAUAGCAUCCCUCGCCUCUCCUCCACCCCCACAGGCCUCACACUCUCUUCAUCAUCAUUAAUGUCUGGCUAACGGCCACCGAGCGCCAGAGAAAUCGUGUCAGGUGCUCUGAUAAACCAAAGGCCUGGCCCACUUCAAAAAAAACCUCUUACACAAGGUUGCAUGUGGUCCUUUUUUUCCUCUUGCUAGUUUAUCAAGGCAGGGUUUUUCCUUUCCUUGUUUUUGCCCCUUUUGACCUCAAGGGUGUCUGUGGGGUUCCCCUCAGAGUGGGCAUGAUGGAUUAGGAUUUUUCGCUUGAGAUAUUUAGCCAGAAACUCAAACAGAUUAAUUUAGCCAUAACACCAUAUUUGUGUUCCUCCGCAGAUUUACCUCCUGGUUAUACCUACCCUGCUAUGACCAUGGGCUACAGGAGCGGACCCUCCCCCCAGGAUGUUCGACUGGCUGAGCCGGCCGACCUGGAAGCUGUCCAAGUGGAGCCUGCUGAGCACGCUCCCCAAUCUCUCUCUAACCUCGGGGAGGGGCUUGAAUGCCAAGCGGUGGUCAGGCCCCUCCCAGAGCCACUUCCACCCAAGGAGGUGGAACAGGCAGAGGAGGAAAGAGUUGUUGAGAGAGUCCUGGAACAGAGGGAGGAGGUUGAGGGAGCAGCGGUGACAGCAGCCAGCUAUGUGCCUGGAGAGAAGGAGGUGGAGGAUCAGGGGCCUGCUGAGGAAGAGGUCCUGGUUUGCCCCCCUGCAGAGAGCCCGGUGUGCGAGGCCGCUUCCUGUCCUGUACCCCUCUCAACAGAGGAGCUGGAAAGGCCAGAGGCUGUCAUCACCCUGGAGGAGGAAGAUGAUGAUGAGGCGGUGGGUGAGGAGAGCCAGGUGGAGCCUGCUCAAAAGGUCAACAUGCCUGGAGAGCAGGAGCCAGAGCUGCCCACCAUCAUCGAGCUUGACCCUGCCUCCCCUGCAGCCCCUGAGCUGCAGUCUCCAGCCCAGGAAGAAGCAAAGGACAGCAAGCAGCAGCAGGAGAACGAGACGUGCCCCGACGAUGCCUCAGAGGAUUUCGUGUGUCUUUCUCCGGCUUCUACUUCUGCCCCUGCGAGCCCGAGCCAGACAACUGUUGCUGUGCCCUACAAACCUCUUGUGCCCUGCUACUGGAGUCUGGAGCUGCUGAUCGCCGCAGCGUUCUGCACAGAUGUGCCGCCCUUUCCCUUGUUUCCCUUUAGCGCCCCGUUAGCCGCUCCGUCACCGCCUAACCCCCACCAGGGUAUGGAGCUUCUCAGUGAGCUGGCGGAUCUGGAGCUACAACAGCAGAAACGCACCUGUGGGAAAAGCCAGGGUGAGGGACAGUCAAUCUUCGACGACUCAGACACAUUAACAUACUUAUUGAAACACACUUAUAUCAGCAAAAUGCACUUCUCCGCGGUAGUUUCCCUCAGUCCAUCGAGACAAACUCCCACUCCCCCCUCAGGCCUAGCCUCCGUCGCUCUGUGUUCCCUCCAAGAUACUCUUCUCUUCCUGCUGGUCCUCAGGGUCUCUGGUGGAUUCUAACAUGUCCCCAGAGGAGUCGUCUGCAAGCCUGCUCGCCGUUUCUCUUCUUUGGUGUGUUAAAGGCACUUUUAUUUUUCUAAAAGGCUGUUCUAACGAUGCAGAGGCCUCAGGAGAGGGAGAAGAAGCAGGAGGACAGGGCUGAACCGCUAGUGAGGGGUGUACACCUCCCUUUCUCGCUCCCUCUCUUUCCCUUCCAGCUUUCCUUUGGGAGCCGUGUCUCUGUCUCUCCAUCCUGCCACUGUUUGAUCCACACGUGUGGAGGAAUGCACACACACACACAGUCCCAAAUACACUCGCUGUAACAAAAAGAAAAAGGCAGAAACCAAUUGACUCCCCUCUCUCACACACACGUUACUUAAAGUUUGUGUGUAAUCGCAAAAGCAGUCGAUGUUUUCAGCACCCUGGAGCAUUGCCUGGCUAAUUAGACCCCAUUGUUUUAAAGUGCCUUUAAAAGCUUCCUUGUUUUUCAAAGCGCCAUGUGUUUUUUUUUUUUUUGUUUUUUUUUUUUAUUCAUGCAAAAGGAUGUUUUGUGUUUACCACAGCAUCCUAAUGCAUUUAACUGCUCCCAAAAGAGGUUUCUAUAAAAAGGGUAUCAUCAACUGAUUUCAGAGUCAGUGAUGUUGUCUUUGUGAUGUGAUCCUGUUGACAGCCCAGGGAGGUGGCUUAUGUCAAGUCACAACAAUUGUCUUUACCAAAACAAGUGCUAAACACGAGGAAAAGCAUCAGCCUUCUAGUCGACUCGUGAAAAGAAGGGAGUGAAAUUCAUUUUUACUUUGUCUCUAUGUCAUACCUGCCAACAUUUGGGUUAUAAAUCUGGGAGACUUUUGAGGCGUGCGCCGGGCAGUUUUGGGGUUCCCUUGUAGAGGUGGAUAUGAGUAAAUUAUGAGAUUUGUAAUUAAAUUGCUCAUCCAAAUAAGUGAAGCUUCACACUUUUUUGUUUUGUUUCAACAAUAACAAAUGGUAAUAAAAAAAUAAUAGCUGCGAUAUGCCUUGAACUUAUUAAGUCCACUAAUAUUGGUGUUAAAGACCUCAUAUAUUUUACAUGCUCUCCCAUAUGAGGCUCUCUGAACAUCCGUGCGAACAAUACAGCGCUCUUUUGUCUGAGGCUGCCCUGAACGCAUCACUCCAAGACGGGCAAGACUAUCAACGUGAAUAUUAUGUCUCGAGUUUGUUUCCAUUUUGUGUUCAUUUUGCAACAAACACGGCUUAAAUAUAGUUUACAGCCUAAACCGAUCUGAAUCAUCCCAAAUUGUGAAGUAAAAGUAUUAAUCCAGUGUCUGUCAAUCUCAGUAGAAACUCAACUCAACUCAAACUUUAUUUAUAGAGCACUUCAAAAACAACCGAAGCUGACCAAAGUGCUGUACGGGUCAAUAAGACACAGUGAAAUACAUAAAACAGACAGUAAACAAUAUGAUCAAAAACACAGAAUACAUGAUUAAAAUACAGCAAAGUAAACACAAGACAAUCUUGGAAACUUUGGACAAAUAUAGUGAUCGAUUCAUGCAAAACUAUACGGGAGAUUCCCAGGAGAAAUGACAAUAUGGGAGGUGGGCGGGAGAUAGGUCUGAAAUACAGGAGAGUCCCUGGAAAAACCCGAGUGUUGGCAGGUAUGCUCUACAUCCAGAUACUCAGGCCCUCGUUCAGUCUGUGCAACAGGCAGGAAGAGAUAUAUAUGAAGGGCUUCUGUCCAGAUGGCCCCUGACAAAGCAGCAUCUGUUGAGUCCACAUUGAUGCGACCUCUGAAACAAUAUACAGAAGCUUUCUAAUGCCGGCCUAGCAUGCCAAAGCUACCAGUAUAUCAUUCUUUGUCAGUGGACAAAUAAAGACACGGCUGAAAACAGGAUGCAAGUGCAGGUUCGAGUGCCGAAUGAAGCUCUGAAAUGGACAAAAUCUUUCGCGUUCACGUUCACACUUUUAAGAUCAGGAGGUCACAAACAAAAUAUGAAAUCAAUGUUUUAUUUCUGUUGUCCUGUAACAGAAGACGAGCUGCUGAUGUUUGACCUCCAGAGCCUCGCCACUCUAGCCACGGCACGUGCGCUGGAGAUGGGAUCGCAGGACAGCAGCGGUGUGAGUUCAGGGCGACAUUUCCCGGCCCGCAGGAUCCUCAAUUUACGCAGGAAAUGCAGCUGGACGCCCCGCAAUGAACCAGUAAGACUGCGCCGAUGUUUGAUAAUGACGAAUGGGUGACUUUGUUGAAACUUUUGAGGUAACUUCAACGAUGUAAAUGAUAACCGAGAGACUGUUCCUCAGGUGUGUCCUGCCAAAGGUACCAUGGAAACAAUGGAUGGGGCUGAGCUUGCAAUGCGUAUGAAGUUGGCCGAGCUGCAGCGUCGCUACAAAGAGAAACAAAAGGAGCUUGCCAAACUUCAGAGGAAGACUGAUCAUCAGUGAGUGCGACCUUAUUCUCCUUCCCCUUGUGGCCACUUUUUUGUCCAUGUUCACACAGCAGGCACAAGUGACCCAAAUCUAAGCUUUUGCACAUGUGUGACUCCGAUCGGAUUUUCAUGACAGUGUGAAGCGGAUCUUUCCAGAUCAGACUUGGACCACCUUUACAGUGUGAUCUGCACUCAGACCUUCAAGAUAAGAUAAGAUAAGGUGUUCUAUUAAUAGUCCCACAAGGGGGAAAUUCCAAAUUACAGGAGCAUGAAUACAGAUACAAAAAGAGAAAUUAAAGGAUUAAGAAACUGUAACUGCAGUCUGGACAGUCAGGUUGGAAAGAGUGUGACUUUUAUAUCAUUCAAACUUGACAGUUCUAUGCAGGAGUCACUAAAAACAAAGAAGAUGAGGGUGGUUGAGGCCCCACUGGCCUAGCGGUCUACAUGCAGUGUGAACAAAGCCUGUGUUUCAAAAGCAAAAAAAACAAUUUGUCUCAGAGUUUUUUUUUUUUCCAGGUUUUGAUCACCGUGUGUAAGAUAUGUGUAGCGUCUCUGUCUGCGUGCGUGUUUACAUCUGCUUGUGUAUGCAGGAAGGAGGAAACACCUCGCAGCCCGGCCCGACGAGGACCCGGGCGGCCAAGGAAGCGGAAACCCACCCUCACCACAGGUCCAGUGUCCUCAUCUGAGGGCCAAAGAAAAGUCAAGUGAGUACCGCUCGGCUAAUCUCCGCUGGCUGGCUACGGUCCAGUCCUGCCUGAUAAGCCCCUUUGUAUCACUGGCAUACAGGGACGGCCUCUCAUUGGCAUAAACAGGAAAUGGGAGAACACAGCUGAACCAUUCAAGAAAGUCCUCCUGAGUCCUCUGCUAAUUGAAUCAACGCUGGCAUUAAUUGUAUAACAGCAUAAACAGUGUCACUUUUGUGUACGUCUGCUGGUCCAGAAUAUUUAUGUAUCCUUGAUAUAUGGACCACACAUACCUUGAAAACCGCUCAUGCCCCUCAUUAGGCUGUUACGCAGCUAAUCUUAAACCUCAGUGGCAUUACAGUUGUGCAUGUUUGGCUUAGCUGUGGCGGGGUAGCAGGGGGAGCUGCCUGCAAGCUGGGGAGGGAGAGGAGAGGGGUGGAUGACAGGCAGAGGAUGUAAUUAGAGUACUGUGAAUUCUCCUGUAAUCUGUCCCAGCAGCAGGAAUGUGACACACCACAGUCCAAUGGGGUCACCAGGGGUCCAAAGGAUAACAUGGUGGUCAGACAGUGUGGGCGCUCCGAGAUAAGCUGACAUUUAGAGCUCAAUGUCCACACGUGUGUGUGUGUGUGUGUGUGUGUGUGUGUGUGUGUGUGUGUGUGUGUGUGUGUGUGUGUGUGUGUGUGUGUGUGUGUGUGUGAGGGACAAAAAAUUAUUAGAGUUGAUCACAGUGGGAUAAAAAUAAAUUUUAAAAAAUGGACCCUAAAUUUUUCUCAAUGUAUUGAUGACAUUUACAAAUUUUGCAAUCUUCAGCUUCUUUAGUCGAAGGAUUAUCGUAGCUGUUUGGUAGCGGUGGCAAAACUGAUAGACCAAAAGGUUUAGGGGAUAAAGGGAUGCCGUCAGGCUUCAAUUAGCCUUGUCAUCAGGGUUUGGAGAGGCUUAGAGCACGAAAUGCCAACUUGCAGCAUACUCUCCCUCUCUCUCUUGCCAUCUUCUCUUCUUCCUCCUCUUCUCGCUGUAGUUUCUGGGCAGCGGGCCACAUUGUUCCCAGCUAACCCUCCGUGAUUUCACCUUCCACCCAUGUAACCCUGCCCCCUUCGCCCGGCCAAGCCCCGUCGGAAUAGGGAUGCUGAUGCUGGGUGACAAUGACACCCAAAAUGAAAGGGUAGCAGCCAGGACCCUACAGCAAAACACCGGGGAGGAAGAGUGGGUGGGGGUCUACUCUGUCUCUGUUAUGUUAGGACUUCAGCCACAGGUCUAGCGCUCUUAUUUUCCUUCAAAGCAGCGAGGGUGAGCUCGCUCGUUUCUGCAGCGAGGAGCGCGCAAGAAAGCGGACGCCUUGGGACUGAUUAGCCCCAUGUUGUGUUACAAGGCGGGAUUAUGUAAAAGCAUGUGCUGCACCUGUCACUCAUGCCACUACAAGAAGCUGAUGCUUGGGGACUGUGAUGGAGGGCAGUGGGUCAGUGGAGUAACAACCCCAACUUUAGGUGUUUUUCUUUCUCCACCUCAAACUGCUUGAGCCUCCAGGAGUGUGUGAGCGAUAAAUUCAUGCAUCUGUGCAAUUAGAACUGGAUGCAGCUGUGUGCACAUGAGCAUCUACGCAGGCAUUGUUUGUUUUUUGUGCGUGCCUGUUAUUCCUGUGGGUAGAGCGCUGGAGUCCUUUGUGGUGCUGCUUUGAUUGGGGGGAAGGCUGGAGAGAACUGCCGCUCGCCAGAAAACCCUGCUAAUCAAUUCUGUUUAAUUAGUCACUGUAUGCUCAGCCCCAACAGCCCCCCACAAAGGGGAGGGACUCUGUCAUAUUGUGUUUGUCAGCGGCGGAAGGCAAGCUGUGGCGGGAUGUGCCUCACAGGGACAACUCACACUCCACCGCCACCUCUGUCACUCUCCUGUCAGUCAGCGGGCAGACAGUCCUACUGCCCGACAAUCGCCUUCAUUCUUCUCUCCGCUGUGAGAGAUGCAUGCUGACACACUCUGAUUAUGAGAUUUACACACACAACCGAGGCCCGCGCAAAAACUGUGUGUACUUGUGUCAUGCAGUGUUAAUUUUGACAAGAAGUUUGAAUUCAGUUUUUGUCAUUUUCAGAAUAUUGCAGUUUUAGUAGAAUAUUGCAGAUUUAGUCAGUGGGUCUUUUUUUUAUUUUUUAUUGUCUCAUGAGUCAGUGCUCAUUUUCGCCUAAUUUGAAUUGAUGUCGUAGUCAUAAUUUCUCAGACAGUUUUGAUAGUUUUAAAAGAAAGAUAUUCCUCCUUGUCAAAAUUCAAGCAGGAAUAAAACAUACUUUUCUGUGUUUGGUCAUCUUUGCUGAGAACGUACAUGUUAUGAAUAGAGCAAUAAGUUUUUCUACAAACCAACUUCUGUGAACAUGGAUUUAGAGAGAUGACAUUUAUUUGCGUCCUUGGAUCAUAAUACAUCGCAAAUACUCAGACGCUCUGUGGCGUUUCUUUUCUUCGUCUUGUAUUAUUGGCGCUCCACCAUACAUUUAUGUCUGAGCUAUACAUCCGUCCACCCCUAACUAGAGCUGUAGCCCCUAAUUAAACCCACUGAGCAUUUUUUGGGUCUAAAACAGGUCUAAUAGACGUCUAAAUGUAGCCGAGAAGACUGGACUAAAAUCAGGCGACUACAGGUCUAAAAAUGAACGUUUUUCAGGCGUCUAAAUCUGGGCUAUAUCUAUAUAUCUAAAAAUACACAGAAUCUAGACGGUUGAAAUUAGGUCUAAAACAAACUGUAUGACUAAUAGCUGUCUAUUGCUCAGUGGGAAGAUGAUUACUAUAUGCUUAUAAACAAGCAAGGACGACCAAUAAUAUCUGAUUUUGAUUUAGAAAGUGUUGGCAAACUUGUGUGUCUGGUUAGCUUGACAGGCUAGCAUUAGCGAGCUAACAUUAGCUACUCAGCAAACCCUUUAAAACUGUUUACCAGCAGACUCUGUAAUCCUGUAUUCAGCUGUGUUUAAUUAUCGCAAUUCCGACUUUAUUCCUCACUUUUUUAACCUUUGGGGUAGUCAGCCAGUGGGAAAUUAAAUUAUUUUAAUAACCAGCUAAUUAGCCACUAUGGGAUCCCUGGUGUCAGUGUAACAAAAAGGCGUCCAUAAGUCAUUUUUAAAGAUGCCAGCAGUAGCUUUUUACAGCUUUUGAUAAGCAAGCCACUAGCCUGCUCGCUCUUUUUGCCUUAGACUUACUUACCUUAGGAAAACCAUUCAAUGAGAAUGAUAAAGAUGUUAUUUUUCUAUGCUGGCUAAAUGAAGACGUGCUCGCACUUUUAAUUCCAAAUAGGAACUCUCAUAAAAAAGUAAAAUGAACUUUAUGUACUCCCUGUUUGAAUCUGUGCUCACUCUGUAAAUCUAACUGAUUUCCUAGACAGCAGGCACACUAGGAAAGGGUAAGUUAAUCUUUUGUUUGAGCGUGGCCUGGCUCAUGUUGGCGUGGUCCACGGGCAAGCUUCCAGAGGGAAAUUCAAGGGCAUUGCCUGUGAUGCUGUUCCGCGUAAAGUGUGCCACAGUUAUAUGAAAAUGCGGCUGCAAGGCUAUGAUAUUCACCGAGAACAACGGAGCCGCAUACAAAUGCAAUGCCUUCCAACCAUUUACUGUAUCUUUCAAAGCUUUGCAGUGCUUCAAGGGCUGCAGAGACACUCCCUAGAUACAGCGUUAAGGCUUCUUAGGCCACACUGCCCUCAAACAAUCCCAGGUUUCUUGUUAGAUCCCAUUUUUCAAGUGUGUGGUUCAGACAGUGGGCUCUCCGUGUCCUUUUUUGUCAUUCUGUUCAUCAGACAGAGAAAAGGGAGUUAUCGGAUCCCACAGUGAGGUGACUCAACUCUGUUUUCCCCCUUGUGAUGUCCUACCCCUUCUUUUUCUUUUAAACUACCGCUGUUCCCCUCUAAUGAAUGCCUCUCCCUUGUUUUGACUGGCAGGUCGAUGGGGGCGGGGCUUGCUCUCUCGCCCGAGGACCUGGAAGGGGGCGGGGACAGCCAGAGAAGGAAGAAGAGGCUGUCCAGUCGAGGCUUUGAGCGACUCAGCAGCACACAGGUCAGGGUCCCCUUGUCCUCCUCUCUUUUGUCCUCUAUGCAACUAGAAAUAAAAGAGGCCACUCUUUGUUUCUCUGCGUUUGAUAUAUUCCUUUGUUGCACACCAUUUCUAAUUAGGUGCUACCCUCAGGAGUCAAAUCCUCUGCUCUCCAUAUUAAUAUCUUUUUUUAUUGGGGCUUCUACCGUUUCUUUUCUUCUCUGUAUGUGAGCAAAUGAGAGCCCUCUCCCUCUGACGUUCAGAUGCUUUCACGGCUGCUGUGACCGGGAGUGUAACCGUCUCUCUCAUCUCUCUCUGUUGCAGCAGAUAAAAGCACAGGGCUGCAGAAAAAGCAGUCUUCACAGCAUGCUCAGCUCCAAGCUGGCCAGUGAUGUGACUCAGCUCAAACAGAAAGCCCAUGGUAAAAAGAAUCUCUCAGGGACAGGCUCCAGGGACAAGGAGCUUUCGCCCUGCAGCUCUAACCCCAAGCAUAGGCACAGAAGCCAGGGCACCAGCAAAGCUGAGUCCAGGCUGGAGUCUGGAGGACUAAGUGACACAGGUAGACGAUGAAGAUCAUGGUACUGAAAACACCUUUUUUUAGUGCUCCAACAAUCCCUGACAGAUUUUUGAAUUGUGAUUUUUCUCAGCAGCCAGCGCUGACAGUGGAACCCAGGAGAGCUGGACAGGACUGGUGCGCCGCGGACGUAAAAAGGGAUCCGACUCCCUUACGCAGUGUUCCUCUCGUCUGAGCCAGUCUAGAUCAAGAGUUCUCCGGGGCCAGAGACAGGACACAAUGGAGGAGGGGGAGAGCUCUCCUGCAGAGAGUGACUCCUCUGAUCAAGGUGAGUCGGUGAAAACAGAGAGCUGGUUAUUGAAUGACACAAAGUGGCACAGUAAGAGGUUUGAUAAAUCAGCAGCAGCAACCCAAUAUUGUUCAGUAGCAGAUGUGAUUCCUAGUCUUGGCUGAGGACUCCUAAUGGCUUGGCAUGAGUACGUAUACAUGUGCCACACUAUCCUGUUCAUAAUCAGGUGUUUAAAAUGCGAAGGUUAUAUCAUGCCUGUGAAAACAUACAGAAAUCUGGAUAAGGCGAGUGUUCCAAACCUUGGUAUGCUACUCGGACCACUGCAAUAGAAGUCAGAAUGAUGUGUUGAAAUGCGACGAUCAAGGACUUAAUCGGUGCAUUUCCAAAACUGCAAUUCGUGUUGGGCACCUGUGGUCUACAGUGGACCAAGGAAGGAAAACCAAAGAGGAAGCAACAGGGUCACAGAUGCCAAAGGGUAGCAAAAGCUGGCCCAUUUUGAGCUCAAAGUGCCGAAAAAGUUCAUGCCAGUUCUUCUUGAAAAGUGUCAGAAAACACAGCGCAUCAGAGUUCAGUGUGUAGAUGAUAGUACCCCAGCUGGUAUCCCAGUCCUCAAGUCUUACUGAUCCAUGGAGGCCCCACUUCACAACUCUAGGACCCUCCAGGAUGAGAAGUAUUGGUUCCCGUCCUUCUUUGUUUGGAGCUCCCCCUACAGGCAUCCUACCAAAGACCCUCACAGAUAAAAAGUGAUGAAUUACUGUCAAAAUCUUGCCAGUAGAAGCAGAUAAUUUUCUAAGCUGUGUAGUUGAAUUAUACACAAUAAACAACCCCUAACAUACUUCAUAUUUAAGAUUACACCAACCCCCUUUAGAUGCCAGUUUGAGUCCACUACGCCGUUUGUUAACUCGUUAAUCACUUUAAAAGUAAUCAGAGGUAAGUUAAUACGUGUUGAUGAAUGUCAGGGGUGUGCGGGGACAUUUGACACCUCAGUCAUCGGUCUUGUCGGCCCGGUCUGCGCUGGAUAUGCCGCCACAGCUGUGGACACUUGCCUGUGAGCGGAUCUGACAGCGCUGGAGACUUGCAGACUGGGUCAAAGAGCUGUUUGAGAAAGCGGAGUGACAACACACACAUAAACUCACUCCUACACUCUAUUCCACAGCAAGCCUGUUGCAUGUGGGUUAACACCAGGAAAUACCACAGAGGCAAGGCACUUCAUAUAUAAUUUCUAUGAACAGCAAGUGUUUACUUAAAUGCUAACGAAGUGCCUGUGAAAUGAAGAGGUUAAGCAAAACGACUGUUUGGUAUUAACGUACUUUCAAGGUGGAUUUGAUAAGCUGCAUAAGUUCAUGAAGGUGUCCAAUAAGAGCCGCUCUGUCUGUUUUAUUCUUCUCUAACUUCAUUAGACGAUGAAGAGGAGGAAGGCAGUUAUGAUACAGAUGAAGGUCAAGACUACAGAGCCCAACCCUCCAGAGAUGUCACUUCUAGCUCCUCCAUGACAGGUCCAAGUCCCUCAUCAGUCGUAAAGCUGGAGGCCAAUCAAAAAGCCAGGAACAAGAAACAGAGACAGGAGCUUUAUGGUAAGACUAUCCUCUGAAAGCGAUUCAUAAGUCAACAAAGCUGCCCCACAUGUUUCAUGGGAAGCAUCUGUUUUGCGUUUCUACUCCUGGCUUGUUAGCUCGGCUCUAAAUCUGUUUCUCUAAUUGAACCGCACAGGCUCCCAGAGUCUGUCUGGAGCAGAGGGGGAGGUGAAAGUCAGAAAGAAGCCCCCCUGUAGGCUGGGCCUGGCCACUGCAGUCAAGAACCAUCAUGAAGAUUACCGGCCUGAAGGGGUGAGAAGGCCAUGUGUGCCCAGGUCCAAGGAGCCUCGGUGGGGUAGCCUUGGGACUAGAGGCAAUCGCUACCGGAGGAGCAUGGGAUUGGCUACCUUCCCGACGACCACUGAGAGGCUAAAGAGGGCGACCCGCAAGAGCACUAUGCUGAGGGGAGCGAUCAAUAAGGUUAGCAGAAAGAGUUUAUCCGGAAGUUUCAAACUGCUGACACAGUCACAAAAUAUACUCCACUGUUUAAGUCAGGACUGUCCCCAUAUCAGGUUUUUGCUUUGUGAUUAUUGUGGCCAUGAAAUGAUAACGACGAUACCAUAGUAUGAAUGCUAAUUGAGUACAGGCAAGACCAGGAUGGAGCAGCUCAUUAAUUCUGGAUUCCAUAAAGAAGCAUCUACAAAAAUGCUUUUAAUAUCAGUCAGUAGCUAUGAGUUAUUGAUGACAUUUGGUAAUAUAACGAUAUUAAUGUGUUUUGUCAUGUCUCUGUAGUCAACAUUUUAAGUUUUUUGAGCAGCCCGCUCUUUCUGACUGUAAACAAGGUUUGCUUUUUUUUCUCCUGCUUUGCAAAAUUACGCUUUUAUUUUGAAGUCCAUCACUUCCUGUAGAUCGUAAGUUGCAGAAAUGAAUGAAAAAAGUAAAAUAAACCGUCAGAAAGUAUAAAUGUUCAACCGGUUUGUAACAUAAAAGGGCGUAACCUUUAAUGUUGUUUUUUGGAAUCACUAUAAAUCUUAAAAUUUCAGUGUUUCAUCAUCUUUCUUUCAGGCUAGCUAGCUAGCUAGCUCACUGGCAGCCUGCUGCUUCUUCUUCGUUUCAUUCCUGAUCUGUUGCGAAAGCCGUGGUUUGGUUUCUUUAGCAGGAAUCAUACUCUCGUUUUGCUUUUCAAAAACAGUCCAGGGUCUUUAUUGUUAUCCAGAAAUGUCAGAUACUUUUUUUUGCUGUUGAUGUCAUUGUGAAGACGAAUCACAGAGUCUCUUGUCAUAUUGUUUGCCAUGACAGAGGAGAGGCUGCUGGUCAGUUGGAGCACCGUCUUCACAAGUUGAGGAGAACAGCAGGGGGAGAAGGAGCAAUGAUCAGCAGGUACCAGUCACAGAAAAUAAAAAAAACUAAAAACUAAAAAAUCUGCCUUUCUUCACUCGGUUACACAGUUACAUCCAAACCAUGAAACAGAAUCUAAUUCUACAGAAACGGCACCCUUCACACGUUCUUUUAACAAUCCUGGAGAUGCCUUACUGUCCCAGAUUUCUCACCCUCAGGACCGUUACUGUAGAACUAUUAAAAGUACUUAGCACAUUGCACACAGCCCAACCUCCUGCUGAGUAAUCUUAAGGGAGGCGAGGAUGGGAGAUGAGAUGUGGGAAUGGGGGGGCUCACACCUUCUGCUGUGACUGAGUGAAAAUGUUAAGAGUAAAAAUUUCACUGAUAGGAGACGGUAGAGACAAUGCGAUGUCCCCCGCAGUUAACUGCUCCUUUGAAUAGCAUGCUUAACAAUUUCCUCCUUUCUCUAUCACACCUUCUAUCUCCAAGUUUACUUUUCUAAUCCAUCCGUACAUCCGUUCACCCCUCUUGAUUGCGCCUUCUGUUAUAUCCAGUCAAAAGGACGAGCGGUGAGCCGGCUGCUGGAGAGCUUUGCUGCUGAUGAGGGCUUUCAGAUGGAUGGGAGCAGCUUCUCAGAGGAGGAGGAGGACAGCAAGCGCUCAUACAACAGCAAGAGUCCUGAAGGUAAUGAUUGAUUGCAGAUGAGCCAACUGUACGCCACAAGAUACUGCUAAAAGGAUCUGUAUCGUACUGUUUAUUGGAAGGUCCAAGCAGCGGUCUCUGGUUUUGACAAAUAAAGUCAAUGCAGAAGUCAUAAAAAACUGCAGUUCCUUAAGUGUCCAAUAGAGGCUGGCUCUAAAAUCAAAGAAUCCCAAUCAGAGAUCUCAUUGUAGACUUGUAUCUAAACUAAAAUAUUCUUACAGCGUACUUAUUUUGCAAGGUAAAUUUGCGUGCAUCGCUUUACAUGAAGACGCAGCAGAAGCAGAAAUUUUCCUAUCUUAAGUAACGGGUGUAAAAGGGACUUAUGGUUCUUGAUAACUGUCAAGUAGAGAAGUUUCAUUUCCAUGUGGAUGCUCGCGAUAAUAUCAGUCAUGUUGAAAUAAUCAAUUGUAAUUUGUGUUUCCUUUUUUUUUUUUACACAGCUCCAAACUGCGUCCUGACCAAAGAACUAUUGACCGACGGCCUGAAGGUGCUAAUCUCCAAGGAGGACGAGCUUCUGUAUGCUGCAAGGGUCCACACUCUUGAGAUCCCAGACAUGUAAGCAGCAUGCAGCGGUUGUAGUAAUCAGUUUAUGUCUUUUUAAUUAUUUGUUGUUUGCACAUUUUUGUCUCUUAUAGUUAGUCCGCACUUAUGUAGUUAAAUCAGUGGAUAACCCUGAUGGCUGUGCAUUCAUUCUGAUAUCAACCAACCAGAGCAGAAAACAUGCCAAGAAGAUUGACCAGGCUGAAACGUCAAGAUUAUGGAAAUAGCCAUUUAAAUGAGAGAACUAUAAGUUAACACCAGCAUACAAAUUUAGCCCCUUUUUAUCUCUAUUAACGUCUAUUCGGGUCUAUUUUUCUCACAUUAUCAUCCCACAUCGUCCUAUGUCAGGCUCCAAGUAUCGAUACAACUUUGACUUUUGGGCUUCUGCAUGAUAAAGACUCUAUAACAGCAGCAGAGUGGGAGUAACACAUGACAUGAGAGUCAAGAAAAGACAAUACAAGCUUCUGGAAAUAGACUCCUCCAUCUCUACCUCUGGUGUGCUCUUUUUUUUUUUUUCAGCUUCAGCAUUGUUAUUGACGGUGAAAGAGGAAACCGCCCAAGGAUCUAUUCAUUGGAGCAACUGCUACAAGAGGCUGUAAGUUUACCCUGAAUCAGUGGAAAAAUUUCCUCCUGUCUUGGUCACUCACACCUUUGCUUUCAUAUGCUACAUGUUUUUCACCAACUUUGCCCUUCAGUCAUUCUUCAGCUCUGCUGGUCCCUUUGCUUUCUCCCUUUCAACCUGCAUGGAUUGUCCCUCAGGGUCAAUGAGGCCAUCUAAACCUCUUACGUGAAUAUGAACAUAUGGGAGGCGGGACCUUCGGGGGUUUAUGUGUAUCGGUGUCUCACAAUGUCCGUUAAACCUUGCUCUGUGUGUGUCUGUGUGUGUGUGUGUGUGUGUGUGUGUGUGUGUGUGUGUGUGUGUGUGUGUGUGUGUGUGUGUGUGUGUGUGUGUGUGUGCGUGGAUGGGUGGGUGGGAUAAUCCGACAGACACCUGCAUCCAUUCACGCUUUUGGAGUUUGUAUAGGGGAUGACUUUACAGGGCAGCUGUUACCAUGGUAACAGAUUUGUUUACAGGCACAGAUAGACCAGAUAGUGCGAAGAACAGCUAAUGAAAUAUCUUUUUUUACAGUUAAACACUCAUCUUGUCAGAUUUUCUCACUGAACAGAAUUUUUAAGGUUUUGAUUUAAGGAGGUCACUAAAUCCUUUUGGUUUGUUUGUCAGAUUCAUGUUAACAUGAAAUUACAGUCUAUUCAAGUGUUUAAUGUAAUGGGACAUAAUUAUAAACUGUCCUGGCUGGUGUUGAGGUGACAGCAGGUGACCUAUGACCCCAUUUAUUUUAAAAAAAGAGGAUGCUAGUCUAUAAACUUCUCAUUAAUUUUUCCAAACCAGGCACAAGAUAUUUUUUUCUAUUUUUUACACCAUGUACAAUUGUACACCAAAGAUGUUAACCCAGGAAGUGCAGAGCAAAGUUUAGACCAGGCUGCAACCUCCUGUCUUCAAAAAAGAAGCCAGUGCAGAAGUGCUAGAGACUGCAAUUCCUCUAGUGUCCACUUGAAACAGGCUGCAAACCCGACUAUAAGCAAGAUGGCUUCUAGCAAAGAAGCUCAACUCUGCUUUUCUGCUUCUUGCUAGGUCAACUGGAAGCUAGCUUUAGUUAGCAUUUUUGAUAUGCUGAUUGCCAUUGAUGGGUGAAGUAACUGAGACUAUGUACAUUAUGUAUAAUCUGUGGUUGGAUGGAAAGAUUGCUGUCCUCUUAAUUGGUGAAAGCUUAAGCUGACUGUUCUGGGAUCAACCCAUGGACUGUUUUUCGAUGAAAUUUCUUUCACAAUAUCACAUUUCACUUCUAGAUUGAUGGACAAAAGAAAGGAUGGUUUUAAAACAGAAAAACCUAAUAAGUCAAAUCAAGGAAAAUAACCCAACAUUUCCCACCAUGUGUUUAGUUCACUGUGAGUAAUGCACAACAGGAGCAAAGGGUUCAGUUACUUCUGUUCUGCAGAGGAACAUCUUCUCCCUCCCAUCGCGACAGUUACAUAUCAGAUGGCUCAUCUCUUCUUUUUCUCUUUUUCAUACUCAUCAAUUUCUGAUCAGUCAAAGUCAAUUCACAUAUUCGAAGAGUCUUUCCAGUAAACUGAGCUCACCACAAAGACCCCUUCCUAGGGCCAUUUACUAGUUCCUGCUGCAGUUUUACACCAGGCACGUUCGACAACUGAAGUCUGUUCCAAGCACUCAUCAGAUCGCAGCUCACUCGAUAUUAUGUCAUACUUCCUCGCCUUUUGAAUUAGACCGAGAACCAUUUGUUUGACUUUGAUACCGACGCCUGAUUUUCGCUAGUCCUCCUCUCCCUUCCCAAUGCACACAAACACCCACAUCCACACCUCAUCAGUCAAAGGGUCCUUCGCCAUGGCAACAGUAAAUGAAAGCAACCUGAAAGAGCCCCCAGUGAGUGGCGGAUGCUGGGGCUGCCUGCAUUGUUGGAGGGAGGAUCUGGCAACCUGCAAUCACAAGCCCUCUAUUCAGGCCCUCUUUAGUAUUACUCAGCAAGUCAGGAUUUACUGCAUCAUGGCUUCCGUUCUUUUCAACCCUGACUGGCACAUUGGCAUGAGAUAAGUGCCGCUUAGAAACGUGGCACAGUGGCUGCCCAUGCACAAUGCCCCGUGGCCCUCACACUGUGUGUAUGUGUAUGUGUGUGUGUAUCCAUGCACAUCUGUGCGUGUGCAGCCUGUAAUGAAUCUUUAUUAUGUUUUGGUCUGGCCUUCAGGUCCUGGAUGUCCGUCCUGAAUCAGAAGCCAUGCUCAGUGAAGGGACCAGGGUGUGUGCUUACUGGAGUGAACGCUCUCGCUGUUUAUAUCCAGGCUACGUCCGCAGAGGUGAGUCAUCGGCUUCCUCUGUCUCUGUUUUCCUGUGCAGUCUUUGUGUUUUCAAGUAUAUAUUUAAUCAUACAUACAGUGAAUCACAGUUCGGCAUUUGCUAAUUCCCCUUUAUCCCUCUGGAAAUGCCUUUUUGUCUCCCGCAGGUGGCUCAUCUGAUGAAGGGAAGCAAGGAGGAGUGAUGGUGGAGUUUGACGAUGGAGAUCGAGGGAAGAUUUCUCUCCCGAACAUCCGCCUCCUGCCUCCAGGAUACCAGAUCCACUGUGGGUGUUUCCUCCGUGGAAGAUCGCCAUUUAAAUGUUGCACUUUAUUGGCCUGCUGAUGUAAAUGCUAAAAAAUCUUCCACAUCUUUUCUUUUAGGUGCGGAGAAUUCUCCUGUUGUGUCGGUAUCCGGCGGGACAACAGCCAAGAGAAGUUCCAGCCUGGAGCAGGCACCCAUCAGCGACAGACAUCUCAACAGACUCGGCACUAAUAUAAAUGUCAACAGUAUCAACAGUCAGACUUUAACAGUUCACAAAAGAAGGCCGGGUAAAGAUGAAUCCUUAAAAGCCCAGUUUUUAUUUUCUAUAACCUCACUUAUUUUGCUUUGUUGUGUUAGAUAAAGAGGUGCUCUGAAGAAAUAAGUGCACAAAUGAGAUGUGAGUCAUAUUUCAUUACAGUAUACCAACAAAAUCCUUUUUUUUUUUCGUUUUAGGGAGACCAAAAGGUUCUGGGAAAAAACAAAAGCAGCAGCAGCAGGCUGAGAACGCCAAUAAAAACACCUCACCUUUCCUUAGUUGGCCGUCAUUGACCAGCACCAGGAAAAGGACGUCUGACAACUUAUUCCAGCUCAACGGGACACCGAGGAAGGCCUCCAGAGGGAAGGAGGAUGAUCUGUUUUCCUUGCCUCAGACGCAGACACUGGCUUCCACACCGGCCAAAGGCAUUUUCAGCAGCAGCUCCUUUGAGGUGGACUCCUUCAGCAGCAUUGCAAAUGGUUAUUCGUCCUUCUGUACUCAGUCAACAGGGCCAAGUCCAGGUCUAUCUCUGGGCCCCAGAAGUGGUCUCUACGAUCAGAGGCGCAGGCAGGAUGACUGUGUUAUGCCAAAGAGCAGGAAGUCUGGACAAGAGUUCCUGGUCAAGUUGGAUCAUGAAGGAGUGACCUCCCCAAAGACGAAGAACAGCAAAGCUCUGCUGCUGCGAGGUGGAUCUUCCGGUGUGAGUUGUAUGCCAAGGACAGAGGCUUACUCUCACCCGGUCCUGCUGGUUAAAGACAACAAAAAGGGCGGCGCCUCCCGGGUAGAACUCCUUGUGAAAGGGACAACACCUCAAAGAAAGCCUUCGGAUUCUCUGCGUCUGGGUGAAUACGGGGACCUUGGCUUUAGCUACCACAGAGAGUGUCACAGCUCGUACUCAGAUCUGGAUGAUGAAGAGGACGAGAGGAGGAGGGCUGCGCUGGCUGCAGCCUCAGGGGGACUAAGGACGGCUGGCCGCUUCCUUUCUCGUCUCUCUGUCUCCUCUUCGUCUUCUGGUUCCUCCAGCUCCUCCUCCUCAGGCUCUCUGUCCAGUUCCAGCCUGUGCUCCUCUGACAAUGAUUCCUCCUAUAGCUCGGAGGAUGAGGAUGGUUCAACGCUGAUGCUUCAGAGUUGUCUGUCUUCCCACCGGGGGCUCCUGCAACCCUCUGAACCUUCCACUUCAUCGAGGCCACACCAGCAUUCGUUUGUGGCCAAAGCUGUGGCUGUCCCCAACGCCAAAGGAGGACUUUCUGAACAGGUGUCCAAUUCCAAGUCCCUGAAGAGGAAAGAAUGCAUCAGCUCCACCUCGAAACCAUCGAAGGAUUUUGUAAAGAAACCGAGGAUGCUUCCGGAUGAAGGUUCAUUCAUUCCAAGGCCUAAGAUGUCUUCAUUUCUUGCUGGGCGACAAAUGUGGAGGUGGUCAGGAAACCCUACACAGGUGAGAAAAGUCCCACUUACCUUCAAUAUAUUGUCUUACUAGAUACUAGAGUUCAAGGGAGUGAAGGUAAUUCAAAGUCUGGUUUUCCACAGCGGCGAGGUCUUAAAGGCAAGGCCAGGAAGCUUUUUUAUAAGGCUAUCGUGCGAGGAAGGGACAUCAUGAGAGUGGGAGAUUGUGCUGUGUUCCUCUCCGCCGGGCGCCCAAACCUUCCGUACGUCGGCCGGAUUGAAAGCUUCUGGGAAUCCUGGACGUCCAACAUGGUGGUUAAAGUCAAGUGGUUUUACCAUCCUGAAGAGACCAAGCUUGGAAAGAGGCAUCGAGAUGGCAAGGUAGGCCGAGAUGGUCUUAACAUGUCAUGGUUUUUUCCUUGUUCUCUCAUAUCGUGUUGCGGCUCACCCUGUCUUUCCUCUACCCAGCAUGCCCUGUACCAGUCCUGUCACGAAGAUGAGAAUGACGUCCAGACAAUCUCUCAUAAGUGCCAGGUGGUGAGCAGGGAGGAGUACGAGUGUCUGACUCGCAACCAGAAGCCCAACAGUACUCCCCCAGACCUCUACUACCUGGCUGGGACGUAUGAUCCCACUUCUGGUCAGCUGGUUACCGCUGAAGGGGUUUCCAUCUUGUGCUGAACCUCAACGAGGACACUACUGAAGGACUCCUUUGGAGGAAGUUUAAGUCCAAGACAUUAUCUACAAGACUCUCAGACACUGGAGGAUGAUACGUUUUCCUUGGGUAUGCUUCGAGGAUCAUGGACUAAAUGUUAGCACCAAAGCAGGACCGUCUGGGGUUACACACUGGAGUCUAUAACAUCAAACGAAAGGAUGUCCAAAAUAGGUGUAUCCUUUCGAGAAGAAUAAGAGCAAGUCUGGGUCUUCCUGGGCAAAUUCAAUAAGUGGCAUUUCGAUCGUCUUACUAAUCUUUUUUUAAUGGAUCCAUUUGUGGACAACUUUAAGGAGACUCAUGUUUCCAGCUCUCGUUAAACGUCACCAAAGGAGAGCUGAGAGUGCUCUUGACUGUGAAAAGUACCAUGUGGAAGAGUCUUUGCGGACCAAUUCUUGAAAAGGUAGCCUUACCUAAGGGAAUGGAAACAAAAGUGAGGCACGGGGGGCUCUCCCUGGACCUCGUCAUUCCAGGGAAGUGAAAAAAAAAAAAAAAAAAACAUGUACAGGAUGUAAAGUUGAUGUCUGUAAAUAUUUUGAAUUUAUCCCAAUCAAGCCAUACACUUCAGUACCUCUCGCCUGUCUUAACAGUUCAGGUGUACAUUGUACAGUUCAAUUAUUGUAUUGUUGUCUGUUGUCUAUAUGUACAUAAAAACUAUUUUAUAUAGGAGUUUAUUGUAUAUAUGAGAUGUAUCUUUCCAUGUUUGCGAUUGAUUUAUUUUUAUAUGGGUGUAGAAUACAUGACAUUGUUUUUCCUUUGCUUUGGGAAGUCAAGAUUGGAGGUGUUCGUGUUGCACUGCAUAUGCCCUGCUGAGACCGACAGAGACAGACAGAGCACAAACAAAGACAGAAGGAUUUAGUCUAUGACAGGACAAGGCCUUCUUUCUGAGAGGAAGGGGUCAUCCUGUUUAAAAAAUAGGUCAAGUGGCUUUUUGUAAGAGUGUUCAGUUUCUUUGCAUAUUUGUUCUCCUACUUUUAAUAACACCUUUUUAUUUAUGUACCUCUCGGUUGGUCAUUAUCACGAGGCAGAUCCCAUCGGACUGCAAUCACGGGUCAAAAUGAUUAAAGAUUAAUGAUAUGAGUAUACCAUAACGACACAAUAUUUGUGUGUGAUGAGUGUCCUGGCAUCACUAUAAUCAUGUCCACACAAAUCAAUUGAGAACAAACAAGACUGGGUCUUUUAAUGAAAAAGCAUCAAAUGUGCACUCAUGAAUGCAAAGUUCAGCACAUUGUGACCAACAAAAUACCAAAGUGUCUUUAAUAUCUUUAUUUCUUUAUUUAAAUUUAACAUAUGUCAAGCACCUGUACUGAACUCAAAUCAGAAAUCACUGGUAACUUAUAGAAAAACUUGUCCUCCACUAUGUGCAUAAAUAUAUAUAUUGGCUUUGCAUUGUGACAAUGGUUUCUUGCACAUGUACCUGCAGUUUUGUUUAGUGCAAACAUAUGCAGCAAAAGGCCACCUGGAAGUGUGACUAUGAAGGUCAAGGUACUGACAAAGUAAGACGUAGAGUGCUGACAAUUUGUUGGAAUUAGUCUAUUUAAAUUUCAUCAGCCGUCUGUGUCUAUUUUGUACAGUACACGCACAUUCGAGAUGCUAACUGUGAAGGACAAUCAGAUUCACAAAGCAAUGGACAUAGAAUAGGUUCACUCAAUCUGAAAAUGACUUAAGUUUAUUUAAUUUGUGCCAAGUACAUUUUUGUCUUUUGUUUGAUAUGCAAUCUUGAGUAUUUCUUUUUUUUUUCUCUGUUCACAAAGUUUUUAUUUUGUUCGCCAACUUUUUAUUUAUUGUCAAUGUUGCUGUUUUUUCAUGCCAAGAGCGCUUUAUGAGAAUGUGACAUUGUUUUUUCUUGGUGUGAUGUCGCAUUUGCAUUUCUUAAAUAAAACCGGUCUUGUAGAGGCCAUCUAGUGAAAAAGAAAUAAAGCAACACUGGAUUCUUCUCAUCCACAAAACCUCUGUGCAUUAAUUUUAUUGUUGCAGCUGUGUCCCCCCCGUCAUCUUACUGCACCUGCCAAUUCUCAUCAACACAUUUACGUCAAACAAAACAAUUUUUACUAUCACCUUUUUUUUUUUGCAACCAAACUGUGAAAAAUUUCAUUUUUUCUACUUCAUUAACAGAAACAAACACUAAAGAACACCAAAACUGUUGCUGUGCUCAACAGCUAUAGUGUGAGGAGGAUAAUAAACCAUUUACGUCACCCUUAAAGGGCAAUUGCAUAGAAAUGGGAAUACUUGGCAGAAUCAAGAGAUCAGAUUUCAGAUUGCUCUCUUGUUCACCCCGUCUCACUGGUAAAAUUCAAGAAGUUAUGGUGGCCUUGAGAGGUCAAGAAGGUCCCAUGAUACAUUUCCAACCUAUCUUGCACAAAACUACUCUCUUCCUUCCUCUUCCCAAGCUAGUUUUUGUCUCUUUUGCACUGCUAUAGAAACAUGGCAAAAUGGCCUGAGACAUUCUGGCUGCAGACCUCCACUCUCAGGACCCUUCAUUGAGGACCAUCACUGAGCGGACGGGAGGCUGAUUUGAAGCCUUUCAAAAUAAAAUCCAUUAGACCGGGAAUAAAGUAUUUUUUCGUCUUUUGUGAAUACAUUUUAUUUCUUUUGCCUUUAUUUUGUGUAUAUAAUGUUGAUAUGAAUUUUUUUUAUGUAUUCAUGUGUUCAACAAAGAGAAAGUACAAAAUGGGAUGACCACUUCAAACAAACUGGAGCACAUGAGAGAAAAAAUACACCUUAGAUCCUCUCAGUGGAGGUGGUGGAGGUCGCCCAUAGGCUGUAUCAGGUGUCAAUCAUAGGAAACAUGAACCCCCUAAUAAUGUUGAAAAAUUGAGCUGUACAGAAAAAAAAAUGACUUGAGCACAAACCAGUCCUACAAUAACUACACGUCAACAUCGCCAUCGGGUGGGGGAAAUUUAUGUUCUGUGGAAUAAUUUUCUCAAGUUUGUCCGGAGCUCCAUAAGGACGGCUGGCGGAGGUGGGAUUUAUGAGCUACACUGCAGCCCGUCACCAGGGUGUGCUGUUCUCAGAGUGGCUACACGCAGCAAAGAGGCAGACUCUGUCCAUUCUAACACGGUCUAUGGUCCCCUCUCAGAUGGCAGCCUCCAUGGACAGAGAUCUGCUCCUUUAAAGACAUAAAUAUCUCAAUCUAAGCUAAUUCUUUGUGCCUUAAUUUGAGUAGUAGUAACUAGUCAAAAUAAAGCACUUGACAUACUGUAUGUUGUGCAGCUGAUCUGCAUCCUUUCACCAGGAAGGUGAGUGAACGAGUCGUUUAACCCUCGUGGCGAACUUGAUUUAUCAUUGUUGAUCAGUUAUACUACCUUUAAAACGACUAUUUUUACUUUUGAUUCUUGGGCUGGUUUCUCCUCUAACCAUCCCCCAGCCUCCACCUGUUCUACUUUUCUAUUACAACACACGGCGAUGGCAGCCCUUGCCUUGUUGUGCAUUAUGUAUACCGCAUAUUUCAUUUAUAUGUGAGCAGGCCUCUGUUCUUUAUACACCUCAGGGAGUUUUAAUAUGCUCCCUUUAGAAAUUUUGAUUCAUUUGAAAAGCACCAAACCCUUAUUCUGCCAAUUCUUUUAUUUGUUGCGGUAAAUCCUUUGAUGUUAGUGUCUCUGGCUGAACUAAGUUUAUGUGAGCUUUGAGUUCCUUAGUAAAUAGAGACAAAUCUGUCACAGCAUCAAAUAAAGCCCACUGGGUUUAGCUGCCAAGCUCUGUAAAUAUGAUGUUGACUGAUUCAGGGAUAGAUCCGAGUUUUUCUGUGAUUUAUGAUAAAGUACGUUUGCCUGUUCUCUUUCAAAACUAAUUGGUUGUUGGUGUAUCUGGUGGACAAUGAAAUAAACUCGCGAACAAACAAACAAAAAAAGGAAAUUGGUCCAUAAGCUGUUGUUCUGUUGCAUCCUCAAAAGGUCCGUCAGAAAACAAAGAUUUAUUUAUUUUUUUAAGAUUUGUAAAUGGGAAAUUUCUGAAUAGUGAAGAAAAUUAGAAAAUAAAAUAUAAAUAAGUGCUUUCAAGAGUUAUUCUACCGACAAAAGUGUAAAAAUCAAGGCAAAUCUUCAUUUUUUGUGGUUUGCAAAUCAUUUAGUGCUAACACCCGACUGAAAAUAGUGUCAAGAAAAGAGAUCAAACAAAAAAUGUCUCGAAAAUAGACGCUCAUUUCGGCAAAAAAAAUACCUGAAGCAACAUCUCCCAACCAAUUAGGUUCAUUUGCAAAACAUCAGAGGCAUAACUGAGUAUGAAAAGGGCACUUCAGAGAGUGUAAGUCUCUCAGGAGUAAAGAUGGGAAGAGGUUCGCCACUCUGAGAGAGCAAAUAUUUCAGCAAUUACAGAAUAAUGUUCCUGAGUGGAAGAAUUUCAGGAUUUUAUCAAGUGCAGUGUAUAAUUUCAUGGAAAGAUUUAGAGAAUCUGGAGGAAAUAAAAGCGAGCAAAACAGUGCUGUAUGGUUGUGAAGCAGCACUGCAUUAAAUAAAGACAUUACUCUGUCGUAGAAGUUACAACAUGCGCUCAGAAUUAGUUACAAAAAAACAAUGUGUGUGAAUAAAAUCGGGUUAAAACUGAACUUUGCAAAGAAGAACUAUCCUGAUUCAGAAUCACAAGGGACUUAUUGCAGUCUAGGCCCAGGAUGGACUGAGGGAUGGUUUCAGAAUCAAAAUCUGACCUUCUUUCUGGAAAUUACGGAUAGUUAUCAACACACUGUUUGAAAACCAGUGUCACAGCGACCGCCUUCAGACUAUACGCUUCUUAUAAAAUCAGACGCACAACAACAAAGAGGAAAAACUGUUGAGCAGCAGAGACCCAUCAGGCAGGAACGGGACGACAGUUCACUCUGGAAACUUCAGAAACGGGUCUCUUCAGCGUUGUCGAAAGAAGAGGUGAUGCAACACAACAGUAAACGCAACUCUGUCAAAACUGUUGUGCAAUGUGUUUCUGGCAUCAAAUUUAAAAUAUGCAUGUAUUUUCUUUUUUCAGUUUGAACAUUUAAUAUUCUGCCUUUGAACUAUUUUCAUUGGAUUUUAAAUUAUUUGUACACUUUCAAAUUCUGUUUCGGUGAACAUUUUACACAAUGUCACGACAACUUGGGAUCUGGAGUUGAAAAAAGAAGGAAGAUCUCAAAGUUUCAGCAAAUUCAAUGUUUCAGUUUAAAAAAUGAGUACAUGAUGAGCAUGUCUAUGAAACACAAAUGUAAAGGAGGGCACCCUCUAGUGGAAGG